AUGGAUCCUCUGGCCCGCUCGAGUGGGGAUAUUAUGCGGCGGAAUCCACAGCAAGACUACGAGCUGGUCCAGCGUGUGGGGAGCGGCACUUACGGAGAUGUCUACAAGGUGAGAGUCCAAAUGCCAAGGCCUUUUCUGCAGCAGUCAUUUCCGUUGCAAAUUGGGAUUUCUAUCUUCCUGCCUCAUGUGGCAGCUUGGGCUGCUUUACCGUUAAGGAAGGGCAAAAUCAACAUACGGUCAUACCUCGAGUUGAAUGUGCUUCGGGUUGAGUGCAUUAGAGUUGUGCUCUGCGGCAACCUGGAAGUAACGGAGCGCGUUACUUCCGGGUUUCACCGCUCGCGCGUGCACAGACACUCAAAAUGACGUCAUGCGCAUGUGCGGAAGCGGCGAAACGCGACACGCGCGGACACGCCAUCGCGUCUUGCACUCCGUUCGGGAUGCGAACGGGGCUCCGGAACGGAUCCCAUUAGCAUCCCAAGGUACCACUGUAACUGCUUCUGUGGGGAGAGUCGUGGGCAUGGUAGCUGGUCUCUUCGCCCCACUUUUGCACUGGAAGUCGCAUUUUCACCAGCCUACAGAAUUGUUACAAUAUGCAGAUUCAAGCAGCCUUCUUAAAUUAUACAAAUCAACCCUUUUUGUGUGUUGGGUGGGCUUCACCUAGCGAACCCCAUCAGUGGAAGCCCUGCGUGAGGAUUUCUGCUUGCACAAGGGAGUUGCCCCCCUCCCUUUCAUCUGCUCCCUUUGCCCCCUGAAAUUGGCUCAGCACCUCCAGAACAGCAGGUUCAGGGCGGGGGCUCAUCGCUUCAUCUGACAAGCUGAUAUGCCUGUGCAGACAGAACAUUGGUACACAUCACAAGGCUGAAUUCCACCCGCUGCUCCCCAGGUUUUGUCACAGGAUUGGUUGGCAUUUCUUAAUGGGGCUUUUGCUCAUUGUUCUCUCCACCCCAACACUGUAAAACAGUUUGAAAUGGAGGAAAUGAGAGCAACUUGGAUUAAGAACUCUGCAAACCCGGAAGUAGGUGUUUUGGUUUGUGAACUUUGCCUUGGAAUAAGAACAUGUUUCGCUUCCUGUUGAGUGUGUUCCAUUUGUAAAUUGAGUCCCCCGCUGCUAUGGGAAAGCACGCCUUGGUUUAAGAACGCUUUGGUUUAAGAACGGACUUCCGGAACGGAUUAAGUUCAUAAACCAAGGUACCUCUGUGCUUGUUCAGCAUUAAUUUUGAAACCCUGGCUCUGGCGCAAGUGAGGAUUCUUUAUUCAGUGCUGAUAAAUGAGGCUGCUGUUAGAAAGCUGGAAUGCUUUUUUCUGACUAGCGAAGAGAGGAGAAUUCCCCAUAAUUUUUCUUUAAAAAAAGAAUGGUUUGCUGCCUGAUUUAGCUCCGAGGAAAGAGGCAAUUGGUCGGAGUUAGCCUGGUGGACUGGGCAGGUUGGGGGUAGGAAAAGAAGAAACUGGAUCUGCAAUGGGAGGGGUCAGGGUUGUUGGAGGCGGAGAUCAUCCAUGCUUGUCUAAGAAAAUUGUGACAUCCCUGAAAUCUGCUCAAUUGCCACAGGUCCCCUUCCAUCACUGCAGCGCGAUUGACCUCAGUUUUGUCUUCUCCUUGUGCCCUUCACUUCUUCAUGAGUAUACUCAGUUGGACUUUUGACUUGAUUUUAUAUGACUAGGUAUCGUCCCACAUUAAAUGUGAUAGUCAGAGGCUGUGAGGCAAAGUGAAGUGGAGACAUUUAGAUGCUUUGAAGAGCAGCGGCAGCAGGGCAGGAUACAAGCUGGAUCCGUCCCAUGAGUCGCAAUCCCCUGGGAAGUUCUCCUGCACAAGACCCAGUGGGAAGGAGCAGAAGGCUGCUCACUAGACUUGUGCAGGGGUGAAUUUCCCACUGAAUGAAGGAGGAGGCAUGGUUGUGAUUUUUCACCUCUGGCUCCAAAUAUCUUGGAUCUGAUCUGGUCCAUGUUGGACUGUGGUCACAGUGACUGCUGCCCCAAAGGUUUGCUCCACAAACUUUUAAUAAACUUGACCUACAAGUCAGCUAAGUGAAGUGCAGCUUUAAACGCUGAUUAAUUCUGCUUCUUUUAUAUCAUGGGUAGGCAAACUAAGGCCUGGGGACCAGAUCCGGCCCAAUCACUUUCUAAAUCCAGCCUGCGGACAGGAAUCAGCGUGUUUUUACAUGAGUAGAAUGUGUCCUUUUAUUUAAAAUGCAUCUCUGGGUUAUUUGUGGGGCAUAGGAAUUUGUUCAUUUUCCCCCCUUCAAAAUAUAGUCCGCCCCCCCCCCCAAGGUCUGAGGGACAGUGGACCGGCCCCCAGCUGAAAAAGUUUGCUGACCCCUGUUAUAUGCUUCAAACUGUUACGGUGUUCUGUAAACAGUCCUUUGGGCUCUGUGAAUUCAAUGCUUAUUGCAGAAUUCCAGAAUCCUCAGAAAUGCAGUUUUCAUUUUAAAAAACAAAUAAAUUACAGUACUAACUAAAUUUUAUAAUCCAGCUUUUGGCUCAAGGAACAUCAGGGUGGUGAAUGAAAUAAAACCACCUUUAAAAUAUCAAGACACUGAAGCAAUGAAACACACAAAUAAAUUCCCAUGUGUGCCAGCAGCAGAGAUGGGGGAGAGCGGCUCCUGUAGCCUUGGCCUUAGGCCCAAUUGGCAAUGCUUCCAUAAUGGUGAGGUUGCCUUUGCUAUGUGGCCCCUUCCCUUGCCAUUCAGAUGAUGGUGAUGAUAUUGAUAUUUGUAUAUUGCCCAUCUGACUAGGUUCCCCCAGCUGCUCUGGGUAGCUUCUAGAAAAAUAUAAAAACAAAUUAAAACAUCAGCCAUUAACAACUUCCCUAAACAGGGCUGCCUUCAGAUGUCUUCUAAAAGUCAGGUAGCUGUUUAUGUCCUUGACAUCUGCUGGGAGGGCGUUCCACAGGGCAGUCGCUACUACCAAGAAGGCCCUCUGCCUGGUUCCCUCUAACCUCACUUCUCACAGGGAGGGAACUGCGAGAAGGCCCUCAGAGCUGGACCUCAGUGUCCAGGAUGAAUGACUGGGGUGAAGACACUCCUUCAGGUAUGCUGGGCUGAGGCCAUUUAAGAUGAGCAGAGGAAGAUAAUAUUGGAGACAGAGAGAGCAGGUUGGGAGGAGCCGGUGAUGUGGUUGAUAUUGCCCCAAAGGCAGGAGACUUUGGUGUUUGGCACAGCCCCAGAGGCCAACAGAUAAGGUCAAGUUAUGCAGAUAAGUUAUAGUUUCGCUUUGUGGGGGGGACGGGGUGUGUGUCCGUUUUUAUGUCUUGGAUGAUUUUAAAGUCUUUUGGUGUUUUCCGUUGUGCUUUUUCUAUUGUUAUGUGACAUUCUUCUCUUAAAAAGCGGGAUAAAAAUUGGUUAAAUAAAUAAUUCAGAUAAAAGAAAUAGGCUUUUCCUUGGCAUGGAAUUAGAAUUUUUGUAGUAAGCACUGCUGCCCUUAAUUAACUGGCUGCUUCAUAUGUGCUCAUUUUAAUAAAGGAAUCCUUUUUUCUUUUUUUUUUAAGAGUGGUUACAUUUUUACUUUGUCGAAAAGAGGCCCCUGCAUCACUUUGGCCUAAAUCAGCCUGAACUUGAUUUGGUUUUAAAUUGGUGCACGUAUCAUUCUAAAUGAAGAAACAUUGUGUUUUAACACAUUGGGUGAAGCAUUACAAAGUAUUAAAAAGCUGCAGAACUCUUGACUAAAAACUGCUGCCUUCUGUAUUCCUGACCCUCUCAGAGCAGGUGACUGUAUAUUUGUCUCUCUCUUGUGGGAAUGUGGCAUUUAUAGGGUCAGAUUAAAAGGACACAAGUUGAUCCCUAGGUUAAGAAUAGCUCACAGGAAGCACAUUAACGUGCACAGGCAGCUUGCAGCAUGACUGGAGUUCAGAUACGCCCAAUUCCAGGGGUGCUUGUUUUGGUUGCUCUAAUUCCAUUUCCAUCUUUGCUCAGGAUUGUUCAUAUGGGCUGCCCUGGUUCUGGAACUGGUACCCAGUGGGACACUUCUGUUAAUGCAAAGCCUGCUUGCUGCUCCUGGGAAGAAUGCACAGUGCUUCCUUACCUUGUGCUGUCCGUUGAGGCUUGCAGCACUUCUCCAAGGUCUCAGGCAGCAGAAAAAUGUGAUUUUCUCACAGGAAAGCAGAGCACGCUGGCCAGAUGACAUUUCUGGUAUGGAGAAGCAUUGUAGGGAUAGGAUAGGCAGAAUAAGAUCCAAGAGAGGCAGUGCGAUGGGUGCUUUUCAUGGUAUUCUUAUUGAUAUUGUAAACGUGGUCCUCAGAAAGUUUUCAGAAGAGCAGGAUGUCAGUGUCUUCAUUAAAAGGUAAAGGAACCCCUGACAGUUAAGUCCAGUUGCGAAUGACUCUGGGGUUGUGGCGCUCAUCUCACUUUACAGGCCAAGGGAGUCGGCGUUUGUCCACAGACAGUUUUUCCGGGUCAUGUGGCCAGGAGGACUAAGCCACUUCUGGCACAACAGAACACCCACACCAGAGCGCACGGAAAUGCCGCUUACCUUACCGCCAGAGCGGUACCUAUUAAUCCACUUGCACUGUUUGGCGUGCUUUCGAACUGCUAGGUUGGCAGGAGCAGGGACCGAGCAACGGGAGCUCACUCCAUCACAGGGAUUCGAACCGCCGGCCUUUUGAUCGGCAAGCCCAAGGCUCAGUGGUUUAGACCACAGUGCCACCCGCAUCCCAUGUCUUCAUUAAAGCAGGCUGCAAUUGAUGUAACCUGGCAUCAUGGCUAAAAGCUGAGAAGCGUUUGGUUCAUGUCACCCUGUUGGGUGUGCAGACGGGCUAGGUGGCCACAAAAGUCAACUCCUCAUUCAGACCCACCAUUGCUUUCCCACCAUCUGCGGUAUCGAUAUGACAAUGCCAGCGAUCUGCUUUGCAGCACUGUUGUAAGGCUUUUUGGCCCUUGGGGAAGGGCUGUAGCUUAGUAGCAUAGCAUCUGCUUUGCAUGCACGAGGUCUCAGAUUCAACCCUGGUAGCAUCUCCAGGUAGGGCUGGGAUCAGUGUUAGAAACUGGGAUAGAAAAGCAAGGAGCCAAAUGGCUUUUGGGACCUGGGUUGUGGGCGCCAAAACAGAAUGUCUAGUCGCCAUUGGGGGUGGGGGACGGCAACACUUUUUAUUUAUUAUUUUUAUAAGCAUGAACUAAUAUGCAAUUCACGUAAGUCACAAAUGCAAAGUAUUUGUUAGUUCAUUGUCCCUAGUCCUGUAUUCAAAUGUAGGCUGAGGAGGUGGUGUGGUUUAUGGAUGGGUUUGAGUGCCAUGCCUCCUCUCCCAAAGAUAUGUUUCUCCAUAUGUUAAUUCUGCCCUGUCUUUUCUGGGAAUCAAAUCAGGCUGAGGCAUAGGAAAUUACGGAGGAAUGUGUUUUCAGUGCAGGUGUCUUGGUGCUGAACCAUCAAAGUGUCUCAAAGUGUGAAAGGAGCAUCUUUGUUGCAGAGAAUGUGUUCUGAAAGCUUUUUUGGAUUUGACUCUGCAUACAUUCAGUUUGCAGGGAGAGAGUCAUCUUGGCUGGUUCUAAAAUCCUCCCUUCAUCUUUUAAGCCCAUAGAACCUUGAUUUGGAAGGGAGCAAUGGUCUUCUGGUUUAAGCCAAGACUGGCCUUCAGAGGCUGAAUUAUGUUCUUGUGUCCCUGCUGCUAUUCCCAGAGGAGGUGCUUGGGACAGCCCCAGUUUUAUUAUUUAUUAUAUGCAUUUGUUGAGUUGCACACCAAAGUGUCUCAAAGUAUCUGGAUUGAUAAAAAUAGAAAUAAUGAAACAUAGUAACACCAAAUAUGAAAACAGCAGCACAAGGCUCAUCUAAAAACAUAAAGGGAGCUAAACUUUCCCAUCUCAUUUAAAAGGGCGAGCACAAAUAUAACUAGUUGUCCUCCCAAUGAAAAACCAAAGGCCUGGGUAAGCAAAGUUGUUUUUGCCUGGCACCUAAAAACAGACAGCAGUGGCUCCAGGCAUGCUUCCCUGAGGAACCUACCACGGAAAAGGCGCAUUCCUGUGCCACCACCAUCCACAUCUCCCUCGAGGAGGGCACACAGAAAAAGGGCCUCAGUUGAUGACCACAGUGCCAGGGUUCAUGUGGGGAGAAGCAGUCCUUGAGAUGUUGGCGGCCGUGAGUCUCCAAACCAGCACUUUGAAUUGUGCCUAGAAACUUAAUCGGUAGCACGUCCAGUUGUGCCAAGAUUGGGGCUAUAAGCCCAGGUCUGCUUGCCUUAGCUAGCGGUCUGGCCACUGAAUUCUGCACCAGCUGCAGUUUCUGAGGAGUCUUCAAAUGCAAUGUAGAACCUAGAGGUGACCAGAGCAUAGAUAACCUAAGUUAGGCUGUCCCUAUCCAGCUAGGGGCAUAGCUGGGCCACCAGCCGAAGCUGAUGGAAAACACUCUGUGCCACCUGAGGCUCAUGUGACAGUGAUGGAUCUGGGAGUAACCCCAUGCUACGCACCUGCUCCUUCAGAGGGAAGGUAGUGUCACCCAGAACAGUCUGAACCCUGCCCAUCCAGUCUAGGGAACCACCCACUAACAGUGCCUUUUUCUUAAAUGGAUUAAGCUUCCAUUUAUUGGGUCUCAUCCAGUCUUUUACCAAGACCAGCCAUUGUUCUACAGCAGGGAUGUCCAACAGGUCGAUCGCGAUCUACCAGUCGAUCACGGGGUGUCUUUGGUCGAUCCUGGUCGAUUGCGGGACCCCGACCCCCCUCCAAAAUGCUCAACAACUCUGGCCCCCUAAAAAAGCUCAGCAACUCUGGUCAGUACAAUGGGUAUUGUGUUUUUUUAGUGGGAGUAGAUUGCAGUCUCUCGGAAGUUGGACAUCCCUGUUCUACAGCAUCCGCUGCCACACCUGCAGAUGUAAAGGAGAAAUAGGACUGCAUAUCAUCAGCAUAUAGGAACACUGGAAGCUGCCUUCUACUGAGCCAGACCAUUCUCCCAUCUAGUCAGGGGCAGCGGUUCUCUGAGGUUUCAGACUCAGGGACAUCCCCAGCCCUACACUGGGCUAGGAGCUAGAGCCUUUGCCCUGACAAUGCCCGCCAUUGAACAGCACGAGGGAUAAGAUCGGAUUCUGCAGCACCCAACACGAAAGCUCAAUGGUCCUGAACACCCUCCCUCCGCACUACCCUUUGGAGACAGCCAUCCAAGUAGGACUGAAACCACCACAAACCAGCGCUGCCACUUGGGGAGAAUGCUGUGGCCGAUGGUAUCAAAAGCUGCAGAGAAAUCAAGGAGAAUUAACAGGGACACUCUCCCCCUGAUUUUCUCCUGACAAAGGAUAUCAAGCAGGAUGAUUAAGUCAGCUUCCAUGCCAAGACAGGACCUGAACCCUGAUCGAAAUAGUUAUGGGAAAUCAGUCGGGGAAAGAGGUAGGGCAACAGAUAGCCUGUGGAGGGGGGAGGAAGAAUGGGAUUGGCAGGCAAAAGAAAGGGUGGGAAGCUGCGAGUUAUAGAUCCAACUUGGUUCCUGCAUAGCUUGUUUCUGGGUGCAUUUUUACUACAAAAGGCAGGUGGGAUUCUUACUAGGAAGAAGAAGAAGAGUUUGGAUUUGAUAUCCCACUUUACCUAAGGAGUCUCAAAGCGGCUAACAAUCUCCUUUCCCUUCCUCCCCCACAACAAACACUCUGUGAGGUGAGUGAGGCUGAGAGACUUCAGAGAAGUGUGACUGGCCCAAGGUCACCCAGCAGCUGCAUGUGGAGGAGCAGGGAAGCGAACCCGGUUCACCAGAUUACGAGUCCACCGCUCUUAACCACUACACCACACUGGCCUGUGGGAAGCAGGGAAACAGUCCAGAUUUGCUGGCCCUGAAAGUAAAACCAUUCCCCCACCCCCCAAGAAGAUCAUAGCUGUUCAGAGAAGGGAGAAGCACUUUCCACCAAACAUCUAACAUGACGGGAGCUGUCUUAGCUGCUUAGUCUCCCCCCCCGGCUGCACAGGCAACCUGUCGUCUGUGAUUAGAGACUUUACUCUGGAAAACCAUGUCACACGCUCAUCUUAAUGCCUUUCUUUUAUCAUUGUACUACCUCUCUGUUGGGUUACUGGGUAGAGUUUAGGUAAGGGGCAUCAGGCUUGAGCUUGUCCACACAACUGAGAGUCGUCGUUUGCACUCAGGAGCAAGGAAAUGCAUGCUUUUGGGGGCAUGCCUUCUUGCCAGUGGCUUUCAGUACUGGGCUGUGCACAGCUGAGCACUUAAGAAGAAUCCUGCAGCUGCAUCAGACCAGUUGGCCUUUUAGUCCAGCAACCUGUUGGCAUGGUAGCCAACCAGAUUCCUUGUGGGAAGAGUGCAAGCAGGACCUGAGUGCAACAGGACCCUCCCCUGUGGAUUCCAGCAACGAGUAUCCAGUUUGUGUUCGCUUGUGUUCCCCGGUAUCUGGUAUCCAGAGGCUGUGUAUCAUAAUGGAGGUAGCCAGUGGGCUUAUAUAGUAUCUGUUGAGUAACUCAGCAUUGGGCCAAGAGGCUUCUGGUUGAGUUCUGGCUAAUUUCGAUGACCACUCUGAGCCCUAAAUACCUGUUGCUUUUGACCAGAGAGCCGGACAAGCACCUUUUCUGGACCUAAUAUAACUGAACAUGAUGCAUGGGGUGCUGCUUGCCAUCACGGUCCUCUGCAUCUGGUACUGAGCACAGAAUUCUGCUUCCUAAGGAAUUCAGUUGAUGGUUUGGUGUUGGGUUGGGUUGGAUUAGGAUUUUAAUCAGGUUUUUAGCCCUUCUAGUUGCAGAGGUAACACAUGCUGUCAGUCACUGCUGGACGAGGAAAUUCUUUUUUUUUUUUAAAUAAAUUUUUAUUAUUUUCCUUAUGCAUACUUUUACAAUACAUUACAAUAAAUCACUUAAAUACUUUUAGCUCUGCCGAGCUUGCGACUUCCUUCCAUCUCUUCAGCGAGUAUCCCUUAUUUUCUUAAAUAGCGUAUUCUAUUUGUUUUAACCCUUAUAUCUGUCAUACAUUGUAAGAGCUAUUUCAGUCCUGCCAGUGUUCUUAGAUUUUUACAAGUAUCCUUUAUAUACACCAUAAAUUUACUCCAACUUUCUUGAAACCUCUGAUCGUCCUGAUCCCGAAUUCUUCCCGUCAGUUUGGCUAACUCCGUGUAGCUCAUCAUUUUCGUCUGCCACUCCGCAAUAGUAGGAAUUUCUUGUAGUUUCCAAUUUUGGGCAAGCAUAUUUCUUGCCGCUGCUGUGGCAUACAAAAAAAGUAUUUGGUUCACUUUCUUAAUUUCCUUCCCCAUCAAACCCAGCAAGAAGGCUUCUGGUUUUUUGGGAAAGGUGUAUUUAAAUAUUUUCUUAAGUUCAUUAUAAAUUAGUUCCCAAACGUUCUUAACUUUGUGACAAGUCCAUCACAUGUGAUAAAAGUCACUGUCGGCCUCUUUGCAUUUCCAACAUUUUUUGUCCUUUAGCUGGGUGAGGAAAUUCAUGUCUACUGUGGAGUUCAGUCCCACACAGGCUAUCUACACAGUCUUCCCUGGAGCAAAGCCAGGGGACUGAGAGCUUGGUGUGACUCUGGGUUGCCAUCCCAGUUCAGGCAGAGGCCUCGCUAGGUGUCUGCAGACUUCUCAGUUGCUCAACUGUGUAAUAAUCAAAUGCCGAGAGUGGGUGUGAAUAUGUGAUGCAUUGCACAACCCUUUUUGCUGGUGCAUAAGUGCAGCUAAGAAUAAUCAGGUUGCCUUCCCUGCCCCCCCCAUCUGCCAGCAUGUAGUGUUUUGUGGACUGGCAGAUAUUUCUGACUUAGUCUUUUGAUCUCAGAACUGGCUAGCAAGCACUGUCUCUGCUAUCUGCUCCAGGUGAUAUUCCCAUGGCAGCAGGGUUGAGCAGGAGAUUCGCCACCCAAGUGUGGCCAGACCGGAAUGCUUUGCAGUUCAGUGGCCCCUGCCUGUACGUAUCAAGCAGAGGCAGAAUGAAUUGUGUGCAGAAGCAGACAGAAAGCUGGUAUAUAGUAUUGGUUGGGAGGCUGAGCUAGGAACCAAGAAGCCCAUUCUUCAAACCCCCACUGUAGCAAGAACUCAUGUGUCACUUUAACCAAGGUUAGGGCUAACCAGGGUAAGAUGCUUGUUAACAACCCUGGUUAAGGGGGGAACCUAGUUAGCCUUAUGUGCAAUUAACAGUGCAAUGCUCACCAUGGCGAAGACCAAGGAGGUUAAUUUGUGCUCCAAAGAGGAAAAGUCUGGGAGAAGAAGUGUGCUGCUUAACCAUGGAUUAGCAGGCGUACUGGGUGUCUGUCUUGGAUGCUUUAGUUGAUAUUCCUGCACUGUACAGGGUUGGACUACAUGACCCUCAGGGUCCCUUCCAACUCUACAAUUUUAUGAUUCUGUGUGUCUGCCACUCCUGAAAUGUCUUAAUGGCUGCUGCUCAGACAGUUCAAGAGUCAAAUCCUGCUUCCUUGCUUGCUGGAUCUGGAGGGCUGCUAGUUGUUAGUGUUAAAUCAGAAGAUACCUUCUUUUCAUGUUACAUUUUGGCUAAGCUGCUAGGAUUUUUCAAAUCAUUUCUGGAUGGCUAGGCCAGAGACCUAGAAUUGCGUUUGUUGCCUCUGGCUGUCAGAGACAGGAGUUUGCCUGCAUUUAAGAUACUUAACAGAAAGGCCCGGUGGUUGUCAGGCUCAAUAUGGAAAAGUUAGAAGAAAGAUUCCUCUCUGUUGGGCUCUUUUUUUUAAAGCUACAUAUGCAAUUUAUCUUUUGGUAACCAGGCUGUUGAGAAGGGCAUAGUAUACAGUAUUUGUAUCUGUUCCACUUGUGCAGCAGAACCUACACCCCUACGCUUUGUGCACCCCCUAAAUCUGUUCUAGGGGUUCUCCUACUCUCCAGAGCAGAUUGGGGGAGGGCGAGGGGGGGAGAGGGGAGAAAGUCCCCUUGCACUAGUGGUAAUCCUUGCACUGACAGAACAAUUUAGUAGAAUACCACCCUUUUUAUUAUUAUUAUUCAUUAAAUUUUUAUCCCACCCUUCAUCCAAGGAUUACAGGGCAGUUUACAGUAUAAAAACAUAAAAAUAUAUAACAUAGUAACAAACAAAAACAAUAUGCCCCCACAGUUUAAAAAGGCCAUAGAUUGUUUAAUUAGCCAAAUAAAUCUUGAUUCCCACCCACCCUCUUUUAGGACUCACACAAUUAAAUACGUGUGCAGGGUGGGCAAGGGGCAGGAAGACAGAAGCCCCCUUGUGGGCUAGUAUCACUUGUAGACUUAUUUGCAAGGCCAAUUUGAAGAUAAGUGGUUGUUGUUUUAAUUCGUUUACUUAGCUAAUCAAAAUUGAAAUCUAGGUGUUUCACACUGGGUAUUAGUUGCCCUGCUGUAGUGUACAACAGUGUUUGUGCAAUCAUAUUGGUGAAAAGCUAUACAAAGGGGCUACUUCUGGGUGGAGCUGAGGCAGCAGUCGGGUACAAUUCUCUGGCGUUUGACUAAGCAUCUGUUGCAUAAUGGCUUUGGGUUCGCUCCAAGCAUUUCAGUGCUGUAUGCACAUGGCAGUGGCAUGGUUUGUGCAAAGUUUGCAACUCUGCAGCUUAUAUGUCCUCUUGAAAGAUUUUUGUGUGCCACAAUGCAACUCUAAUCCCUCACAGGUUGGGAAGUCACCACUCCCUGCCCCACUUUGGGGUCUUUCCAUGACUCCAGCUCACCCCAUGAAAGCAAAUGUGCUCAGGAAGGAAGAGGAAAGUGAAAGGAAAAGAGCAGCCAUUGGAAGAUGGUAAGAAUGAGAAAGAUGGAAGCUUAGAUGAGAGAAGUGAGCAUAGGGAACAUUUCUGCUUGGGAAUAAUCUUGCCUUUUUUAUCAGAUUGUAGUAGAAAUUUACACUUGCCCACUUACCUUCCUGGAAAAUGUGCAAUCUUGCAGGCGUAAGAUAACCCCACAAAUAAGUUUUAGCUUACAAAAAAGGACUAAGCCACCAUGUGUACCCGUGUCACUCAUGUGUGUGAAGCCUUUAAAAGUUUCUUCACCAUCAGAGGCAACCAGCUUGUUAAAGCCCUGCAACACAGCUGCAGCCGAGGGCAGCCGUCCCCAACCAAAUGCCCUCCAGUUGUUUUGGAGCACAACUCCCAUCGGCCAACUCUCCUCAGCCCCGGGCUGGUGGAAGUUGCAGCCCAAGACAUCUGGAAAGCUUGGCUUAGAGUGGGAGGGAGAGCUCAAUUCUGUUAAUCAUCUAAUGCUCAUUCGCCACUGGGCUUUGCUGCCAAACUUGUUCCUCUUGCACCAGCCAUGCCCAGCAGGCAGUUAUGUAAGGGACCUGAAUUCAGAUUGCUGGAUUUGGGCACUGGCCCCUGCAGGUCUCAGAAAGAUAAAGCCUUUCUCUACUCUGCGCAGCUCUUGACGUCAACAAACUACCUGUUGAGGCCUGCAGCUUGCUAGGUGGCAACUAGGUCAGGAGCUACCUGAUUAUUUUGCCGGAGGGCAAAGUAAGACUCCCGUUAAGGGCUUCUGCACAAAGACAGGCAUGACUUUUGAAAAAUUGCAAUGCCAUAAAAGAGACGGUGUGGGCUUGGAUGUGGCAAAGUGGGGCCAGCGGAGGCCAAGGUGGGACCCUCUCUCACUAGGUAGCGCACCUGCUUUGCAAAUGGGUGUGGAUGUCCUAGGCUUAGUUUCUAGCAUCUCUGCUGGUGGGGCUGGGAAACAUCUCAGCCAGAUCCUUCCUUGAGCUGUUGUUGGGCAGAGUAAGUUGUGUUGAACUGUUGUUCUGAUUCAGCUUCAUGGGGUCAGGUCACAGACUCUCCUUGAGCUUCUCAGGGAAAAGGUUCAGCUUCAACCCAUACACUUCUCAAUGUGGGGCUUAAAGGCUGUUGCUUUGUCACGCUGGAAGUGUAGAAUCCCUACUAAUCCCACACCUGACACACUUAGGUGGCUCAGUGCCUUACAUUGGCUGUCUCCAUCCUUGCAACAGCCUUGCAUGCUCUGUCUCCAUUGCUCCUGUUCUGUAAGCAGGGAGCUGCAGGGGUUGGGGGAGAGGGAGACAGAGACUUUGCUCAAGGCUGCAGAAUUAGGUCUUGCUAAAGAAAAGAGGAAAUCCCAGGACCGGUCAACGCAUUUUGGUGUGCUCCCCACCCCCGCCAGUUAAUUUGUAUGGGGUACAAUUAGAGAUGGAGAAGUCUGUCAGUUUCAGUUUCUCAGUUUUCUUUUCUUCGAUUCAGUUCUCCACAUUGCUGCAUUAGUUUGCUAUAUUUUUAAUGAGAAUUUCUUAGCAUUUCAGUGCACAUGUCUCCUAAUACACACAUGUUUAGAUAUAGUUUUGCUUUGAUAUAUGUAAUUAUGCAAGCAGUUUCUCCAGCACAUUUCUGUGCGUUGUUUCCUGCAAUAAAUGCAUUUUCUACAUACUUCCUCCUAAUGGACACAUUUCUGUAUAGGCUUUUCACUUCAAGAAUGGCAUCACUGAAUUUGGGGAAGUGCAAAUGUCAAAAGAGAGCCACAUUUCUGUUUACUUUACUGUUUUGGGAAGUGCAGAUUAGAUAGGCUCAUGUUACACUGCAGACCAGAUGGCGUUCCGCCCCUACUUUCCCUAUUCCUAGGUGAGAUCCCCUGGGAAGUUCCCGUCUCCUCCUUUCAACCACCUCCCAUUGAUUUCAGCAUGAGAUUCUGCCGAAGAUCUGUUCUGUCCAGAAAGCCGGCCAGUAAGUAUUUUUAUUGGGUCCAUGGCUCAGAGGAACUCAGGAAGCUGCUUUAUUCUGAGUCAGACCAUUUGGUCCAUCUAGCUCAGUCUUGUCUGCACGGGCCGACAGCAGCUCUCCAGAGUUUCCAGAUGGUGGAUAUUACCAGCCUCUCUGGAUUGAACCCGGGACCUUCUGUAUUCCAAGCGGAUGUGCUACCACUGAGCUGUGACCCUUCUCCUGUGGCUCAGAUCUAUCUGCCCUCCACUCCAGAAUUCUUAAGCAAUUCUACAGGGAUCAAAUGGUGUGUUAUUCUCCCUUCUCAUCCCAACAGUUUUUUUCUGGGCUGGAUGGGAGACGGAGGCUCUGCGGUUGGGGAAGACUGGUGUGGAGGGUGAAAAAUAUUCCAUGUGUGUCAGCCCAUAGUCUUUGCUAGCUUAGCAGGCUUUGUUGUCCAGGCCUUCAAUUUCGAGGUACAGUAGUACCUCGGGUUACAUACGCUUCAGGUUACAUACGCUUCAGGUUACAGACUCCACUAACCCAGAAAUAGUGCUUCAGGUUAAGAACUUUGCUUCAGGAUGAGAACAGAAAUUGUGCUUCAGCGGCGCGGCAGCAGCAGGAGGCCCCAUUAGCUAAAGUGGUGCUUCAGGUUAAGAACAGUUUCAGGUUAAGAACGGACCUCCAGAACGAAUUAAGUACUUAACCAGAGGUACCACCGUACUCAGGGCUCGGUCCCGCCACUCGACCCAAGGCAGGAGCCGGAUGUCUUCCUUCCCAAACAUGGCUGGUCUCUGUAAACUGAAUGUCACCUGAGAAGGGUUGUGCCGCCUGGAGCCAGUUGAUAUUCAUGCAACUUUUCUCUCUCUCUCCCACUCCUUUGAUUUUCUAACCAUAUUCCUAGUUCAGACUAGGAGAUGCUUGUGCUCUCGCUUUCUCUCCCCAUCUCCGUCUUCCUCUCCUUCCUGGCCUGGUGUGUUGUGCUGUUUUCAGCUGGCCUUGCGAGUGCUGGAAUUGUACGUGGGAAAAAGGCAGUCUGCAGUCUGGUGGAGCACCUCUGUGCACUGUGUUGGGUGCUUUGCAUGUGGAAGGUUUGAUACAUGGCACCUUCCAGUUAAAAGGGCCAGGUUGUAGGUGAUGAAGACCCUGGAGAGCUGCUGGCAGCCAGAAGGGGCUGUGCUGGGCUAGGGGGUUUGAUGUGGUGUGAAGGCAGCUUCAUAUCACAUAGAUUGUGCUAGACUAGUGCAACAAGCGAUGGGCCAGAAGACAGCGUUUGGGAAGAAAUGCAGGAAAUAGCACUGUGUAGGAUAGGAAUGGUUCGGAGGAGAAAAAUCUGCCGUGUCUAGACAUGCCUUGCCAUCUGGCUGUAUCUGCUGGAGAUCUGAACUUCUGGAACUGCUAGAUGAAUUGUUGAUGGUCCCCCAAAGCAGAGCCUGUUCUGUUCCUCACCCUCUUCCCACAUGGCUGGCUUCGUUCUCCUUUGCCAAGUUGAACUAGCUGUGUUCUAGGAUUUUGUACUUCCGCUUGGUAUCAUUUUUCAUUUUUUUAAGUUUUGUCUUUUGUUAUUGAUUCGUAUUUCAUGUCAUUUUAGCAGUUAUUCUGAGUCACCUGGGGAGCUCCUGCUUGGGCUGAAAGGCAGGACGGAAGUGUUUCUUUCUCCUCCUCUCGUUAACCUUCAGUUGGAAUUUGCACCACCCUGAAAGUCUCUUAUGGUUUAGGUGGGUUUUUUUUGUUGUUUGCUGUCAUUAACUCAAGAAGACAAACCUGUUUGGGUAGUGUGCAAAUCUUGCAGAAGGUCAAGAAUUUGGUUCCUGUUCUUCUGUGCCUUCUUAAAUAAAAUUCUGGACUGCAGUUCCAGAGCAGCGGUGGGGGAGAAGUUGGAUCUGAAUCUGCUGGUAGAUCUUGGGGUGGUUUGCAGUAGAUCACCAAUGAUUUCUACACAUUUUUCAUAGGUUUUCCCAUGUUUCCCGUCCACACUGGUGGCGGCACUUGCAAGAACGUUCCUGUGCUGUGUUCUCUGCUGCCUCCCUUCACUCACUGUCUUCCACUACCAUUUCCCAUUCUGGGAAUUUCUGUACCUGAGGAUGUGAACAUUAAAAUAAAUCAUUAUUAUGAUUUUUUACACCCAAAGUGCAAAAGAUCAGAGGUUAUCAGGCUUUAUUUAUCAAGCUCCCCAACAUGCAGAGUAGAGACUUAUCCCUUUUGGGCGGGGCUGGAGGUGGGGACAGCGUGCAUUUCUGUUUGGUGAGGGUUUUUGUUUUGUUUUAACGCCUGUGGAUACCGGUUCCUGGGGAGCACAAAUGGGGAGAGGGCUGCUAUUGUGCCCUGGUCCUGCUCACGGGUUUGCCCUCUGUGGGAAACAGGUCCUGACAGGCAGGGGCGAACGAAGGCUAGCCGACACCUGGGGCGGGGCAAACCAUCGGCUGCGCGCACAUGCGGCGUACAUAGCGGUUUGCCGCCAGCACCGCUCAAGCGCUGUAUGGACAGUGGCAGGAUCCUCUGCUCACGGCAGCAGCCGAUCCUCCACAUGUGGCUGCGGUGGCACGAUGGCUGCUCUCACCGCUGCGCCCGGGGGUGGUGGGGUGAGCACCCCGUGGGGUGCCUUUUUGUCACACACCCCGACAUGGCACCUGGGGCGCACCGGCCCCCCCUUGUGAUGCCAAUGCUGACAGAAUUAUGCCCUUGGACUAUUCCAUCAGGGCUCUCCUUAAGGUCCUAAUUGAAUUGCAUUUGCCCUUGUGUAUUUGAAUGACUCCUACAGAUACCUUACUAUAUUUUUAUGGCUGCUAUUUUAAAAUUGUUGUUACUUGCUAGAUAUGCUAUUUUAGUUUCUUUUUUAAAAAAAGCUUUUUUUGCUUCUUCUGUAAAUUAAUUUGGUCUGUGACAGUAAAAGCCUAUAUAUUUCCAAUAAAUACAUAAAUAAAUAGAACCUGGGACCACCUGCGUGGUCCUCCUAGGGCAUUCUGCCUAGUAACCAUUAGGAGCCUAAUCCUCCAUGAAUCUGCCUAAGUCCUCUUUUGAAGCCCUCCUUGCCAGAGUGAAUUCCAUAGCCAUAGAUGAUGAGGAUGAUUUUAUUAUUUGAAUCCCCACCCAUCUGACUGGGUUGUCUCAGCCACCUGGGUACCUUCAGGUGUCUUCUAAAAGUUGCACAGUUAUUUAUCUCCUUGACAUCUGUUGGGAAGGUGGGUGUGACUACCAAGAUGGCCCUCUGCCUGGUUCCCUAUAACCUCACUUCGCACAGGGGGGGAACCGCCAGAAGGCCCUUGGAGCUGGACCUCAGUGUCCAGGCAGAAUGAUGGGGGUGGAGAUGCUCCUUCAGGGCUACUGGGCCGAUGCCAUUUAAGGACUGUGCUCUGCCUUCACAGUUGAAGGCAGCAAUCCUUCUGAAUCCCAGUUGCCGGAGACCACAGGAGGGGAGAAAGUUCUCUUGUACUCAGAUCCUGCUUGCUGGUUUCCCACUGAGACAUCUGGUCAGCCACUGUGAGAACAGGAUGCUGGACUAGAUGGGCCAUUGGCCUGAUUCAGCAGGCUUUUCUUAUGUUCUUACAUUUAACCAUAGUCAUACCUUGGGUUACAGACGCUUCGGGUUGCGCGAUUUCGGGUUGCGCACUCCUCCGAACCCGUAAGUACCGGAACGGGUUACUUCCGGGUUUCGGCGCUUUGCACAUGCAUAGAAGCACUAAAUCACACUUUGCACAUGUGCAGAAGUGCCGAAUCGCAACCCGAGCAACUACUGUAUAGUUUAACCCUGUAUGAAACCCACAAGCAGGACCUGAGUGCGCAUCAGUCCCCACCAUAAUCUUGAAAUAUACAUUUGCGGUUUGGGGGAGGGGAAGCAAAAUAAUGGUCUUUCCCCCCCCGUUUGCCUUUUCCCCUCCCCUUCCCACGUGUGUGUGUGUUGUUGCUGUUCCUGCUGCUGUUGUUGUUUCUUUCCUUGAAAAGGAGCAGGGGUGCCAGUUCCAAGAGACAGAUCCCUUUAACGGUUGCGAGUCUGUAAAGUCUCUGUUUCGGCUGUGUUUUCUGAAAAGCCCAAACGCCCUCCACGGCGAUAAUAAUGGAGCCUGUCACGGCUCUGUCUCUCCGAGCUCCAGCUGGGGUGGUUAGGGCACAGAAUCCACAAUGGCCUCUGGCAGAGCUUUAAAAAUGAAAAGAACUACAGCUACAAAGGCCGCCGGGGCUCCCUUUUCCCCCCUGGCAGCCGGCGCUGGCUUCAUAUUUGCUUAACUUGUGGGCACCAAACGCCCAGAUGAGUAAGGGAAUACCAGUGGGUGGUGAAUGACUGCAUCUUGGAAAUAGUUCCAGGGGUGGCCAGCCCCAAGCUGUUUACUCUGUGCCUUCGCACUGGGCCUUUUCGCUCGGUGGCCGUGCAGGGCAGGGGAAGGGAGUGGAAGGUGCCACAGGCCAGAUUUUGGCCAGGGCUGGGAGUGGGUAUUAAUCUGGAGGGGGGGGGUGUGCCAGCAGUGGGGAAGCCUCCAGCCUGCCAAACUGUUCUAGGCAAACCUUGGGAGAUCCUCGUUGAUAUGUUUCAACACAGGAGGGUCUGUGCAGAGCUAGAGACAGUGUUAGAAACUAGCUAGGCGCCAGGCAUGUUUUGCAAGUUGGCACAGGUCCUGUUGUGACCACGUGGAGAUCUCUGGAAGCCAGGUUGGCACCUAGGGAAAGCAAAAUUUCACUUAGAGAAGGAUCUGAAAUAUUUCCUUUGAAAUAUUUGUUUUAUUCUGGAUGUUUUAUUUGUUGUUUUAAUGUGUUGUAAACUGCUUUGAGAUUUGCUCUUUAGAAUAUAAAGCAUUAUAGAAAUGAAAUGAAAAACAGCAACAACAAAUCCCUAGGUUUAAGGUGCCGUUUGGCAAUUAGAUUGUAUAUUUGAGUUUCUAACACUGGUUAGAGCAGGUUUCCUUUUUUAAGCAUGCAUUUUAUUGAUUCUCAGUGUACAGGAAAAUAAACAAACAGUACAAAACACGGAGUGCAGAUUAUCUUUCACAAAAUGCAGUUACAGUGCCACACAGAGUUACAUCUUAUCCAGGAAUCAGAUCUCUCCAUAAUGGUACAUGUGUCACAGGCAGUUCAGUUAAGGUGGCAAACUUAUUAACAUAAGCGAGAAACAUAAACCAGGUAUUCUCAAACUUGCCUUCUUAACCUGACCUCUAACCACCCUGCUAUGCUGAGCUAACCUCUCCGGUAACGCCAUUUCCCAGACUCUGGCGAAACGGUUUUGUAUCAUAAGCCCUAAUUGAGCUGCAAAUUCCACCCUAGCAGCCACCAAUAAAAACGUUGUCAAAUCCUUAAAAUAACCUCCAGAUUGAUUUCAUUUCCUAAUGCGAGGAGAGCCAGUAAGUCCCGAGUUGGUUUCUGGGGACUAAAGGAAUGUAGAAAGGGGGGGUUAUAUUGAGUCAGGUCAUGUGCUCCAUCUAACUUAGUAUUGCCCACACUGACUGGCAGUGGCUCUCUGGGUUUUCAGACAAGGACCUCUCCUAGCCUUACCUGCAGAUGCUGGGAAUGGAACAUAGCACCUUCUGCCCACAAAAACAGGUGCUCCAGCAGAGGGGGAGGAGUAAAUGAGGGUGUAGGGCAGGCACAGGGAACCUGUGGCCCUCCAGCGCACCCUUCUCCCUUGGCUGUGUGCUGUGGGGUGGCUUGACCCAAGCGCUCCUUGUAAGCUGGAGGCCACGAGGCUUCUGCUCACUGCCCAGCCGACUUGACGCUUGCUUGGAGUCUGCGUUCCAAAAGCAGCCUUGAUUCUCAAUCUUUAAGCGAAGGUGGGGCGAAAGAGAGGCAAGUUCGUAGCCCUUGUGGUUUUGUGAAGAUGUGUGAGCUACAGAGGAGACAAGGCCAUCCAUAACUUUGCUUCUCCUCUAAGGAAAAAGCAAAUUCUGAACACGGAAUUGGUAUCUACAGCCACAGCAGGCGCUAUAACUGUCCAGCGGUUUGACUUCACCCCUGAAGGCACACUCUUCCGUAUUGUCUCCCGAGACAGACAAAUGGCAACCAUCAGAAAAAAUGCAAACCAAUUUAUUAUGUAUUCUACCCUGAAAAUAGAGGGCACAGAAACAGAAGAAGAAGAGGAGGAGUUUGGAUUUGAUAUCCCGUUUUAUCACUACCCGAAGGAGUCUCAAAGCGGCUAACAAUCUCCUUUCCCUUCCUCCCCCACAACAAACACUCUGUGGGGUGAGUGGGGCUGAGAGACUUCAAAGAAGUGUGACUAGCCCAGGGUCACCCAGCAGCUGCAUGUGGAGGAGCAGGGAAGCGAACCCGGUUCACCAGAUUAUGAGUCUACCGCUCUUAACCACUACACCACACUGGGGCAGGGAGCGGCAGCAGAGGGUCUCUAGAAGCAGAGAAUCAUAGUCAUAGGGGGCUGAAGGAAGGUGAUGGGAGGAGGGGUGAAGAGGUGUGCAAGCCAGCAGAAGAAUUAAGCAAAAUGGGAAGCUGUGUAAAUGUGCUUCAUUUAUUCAGGAGACUGAAGCUGGGUUUGCAUCUACAGUCGUACCUUGGUUCUCAAAUGCCUUGGUACUCGAACGUUUUGGCUCCCGAACGCCGAAAACCCAGAAGUGCCGUAUUUUUCCGUGUAUAAGACGCCCCCAUGUAUAAGACGACCCCUAUUUUUUGAGCCCCAAAUUAAGAAAUAAAUGAAAUAAAACACACAUUCCGUGUAUCAGACGACCCCCAAUUUCAAACUUAAAAAUUUGGGGGGAAAUAUAGUCUUAUACAUGGGAAAAUACAGCAAGUGUUCUGGUUUUCGAAUGUUCUGUGGAACCCGAACGUCCAAUGCGACUUCUGUGGCUUCCGCUGCUUUCAGUUGAGUGCAGGAAGCUCCUGCAGCCAAUCAGAAGCUGCACCUUGGUUUUCGAACAUUUUCGGAAGUCAAACAGACUUCCGGAAUGGAUUACGUUCCAGAACCAAGGUAUGACUGUAUAUAAAUUAAAUCAGAAGGGAGGAAAUGGAAUUUAGCUGCAAGCUAAGCUGGAGAUGCUUCAAUGCUCCUGGGGAGGCCUGUACAACUUCUGAUUGGCCAGGACCAGCGGAUGUGCACUAUGGUCUAGCAGGGGCUCCCCAAACUAUUUGGGCUGGUGGAUUCGGGUUGUAUAGGCCUGACAAUGGGGUGUCUUGUGCUGAUAGCCAGUGUGGUAUAGUGUCAGGCUAGGACUUGGGAGACCAGGGUUCAAAUCCCCACUCAACCAUGAAGCUCACUGGGUGACCUUGGACCAGCCGCUGCCCCUCGGCCUAACCUCCUUCGCAGGAUUGUUUGUGGGGAUUAAAUGAGGAGAGGGAGAACCAUGUAUGCCACUCCGAGCUCUUGGGAGAAAAAGGAGGGAUAUAGAUGCAAAUAAUAGUAGGAGUAGUAGUAAUAAUAAUAAUAAUAAUAAUAAUAAUAAUAAUAAGGCAUGUGCACUGUCUUCCUAAUACUUGAAAGGACCAUUGCUCCAUCUACGCCGGACCCACUACAGUAUAUCCUGCAAACAGUAAUGGACACUAAUGGUAGGCAAGUCAGUGGGGAAAUUGAGGGAGAAUGUUUUGAGUAUCGGUGGUGAGCUGAGCAAUCCCCAAAAGUGGCAGGUAGAGAGCUCACACCUGGAGGGCAGAAUAUACGGCUGGAGGGGGAGGCUGUUGAUCCUCACCAUCUGAUUUCAGUGUCCCCCCAUUGGGGGGGGUGCUCUGUUUUAUGGACCCUGGGAUCCCAGGAUUAUGUCCUAAAUCUGCCAGCCCAAGCUUGUAGCUUUGCUGUUAUCUGUAGCUGUAGAGCAGGCUCCUUGCAAUCCCUUUAUUUAAUUUUAUUCUUCCUCCUUUUUUUGGUAAUGUUUGUUUUUUUCACUCUUUUAUCACUUGCAAAGGACUGAAUGUACCCGGGUUUGGCACAGAUAUCAUGCGCUUCCUGCAGACAAGGAAGGAAGCAGCUGUCUUCCUGGAUUUAGGGUCAUCCUCGUCGUCCUUUCACCCUGUUGAGCAGUCAGGGAGGCAGUGGGGGAUGCAGAAGGGGUGGGUGGGGGUGUGACCCAGAAGGGCAGGCUGGGAUGUGGAGAGGGGCAGAAGAAGACAAGAGCAGGAAGGUGCAAGCAGCGGGGGGAGUAGGGAAAUAAGACUCUUCUGCAUCAUUUUUCAACUGAGAGCACAUUUGCAAAGCUAAGCAGAGUCCGGUGUGGUUUCAAAUUGGAUGGGGGAACCACAUGUUGAGAUUCCUGCAUUGCAGGGGGUAGGACUAGAUGACGCUCUGGAUCCCUUCCACCUCUACAAUUCUGUGAUUCUAUGAAAAUCUCAGCAAACUUAUUACAAACAGAAAAAAACAGCAGCAGAUUAAAAAAUGCAUACCAACAAGCUAAUAAGCCAGCAGAGAGCUAUAAAGGUAAAGGGACCCCUGACCAUUAGGUUAAGUCGUGACCGACUCUGGGGUUGCGGUGCUCAUCUCGCUUUAUUGACCGAGGGAGCCAGCGUACAGCUUCCAGGUCGUGUGGCCAGCAGGACUAAGCCGCUUCUGGCGAACCAGAGCAGCGCACGGAAACGCCGUUUACCUUCCUGCCGGAGCGGUACCUAUUUAUCUACUUGCACUUUGACGUGCUUUCGAACUUCUAGGUUAGCAGGAGCUGGGAUAGAGCAACGGGAGUUUACCCCGUCACGGGGAUUCGAACCGCCGACCUUCUGAUCGGCAAGCCCUAGGCUCUAUGGUUUAACCCACAGCGCCAUCCACGUCCCUAGCAGAGAGCUAGAUUGGCUCUAAAGACCAUCCAAGAUAAAUGAGCAGCAGGAAGGUCAAAAGUCAGAAUCUUGCUGGAAGGGAAAAGUUUUCUAAGUGAUGGUGCAAGACCCAUAAAUAAAGAGAUGUUGCGACCUCAUGGGGCAGGGAGUUCCAUAGGCUGGAUGUCGCUACGAAUCAUUGCUUCACUUGCCUUUUCUAUAGUGGCCUUGCUUUUUAUAUGGGUAGCCCCAUUUCUGCACGGUAUGGACUCGACAUCUGCCAGGGAGGUCUAUAGCAGUGAGAGCGUAAUGUGGUUGUGCAUGUGUAGCCACUGUUCUGAGUACAGUACAACCACAUCUUUCGCACGGAUUUGGUUCCAAAGGCUCCACACUUAAGCGAAAAUGCGUACUCUAACCACCUCCAUGCGAGCAUCCCAGGCACUGGCUCUGGAAGACUAGGGAUGUUCACGCAAGAUUUCCCAGGAACUUGGACAGCUCCAUGAGAUCUCGCAAGAGCAUCCCAGGACCAGUGUGCCGACAAGGCCUUGCCCCCACAAGCAAGGAGAGCUUAAAAGCUCUUUCUGUGCCAGGAAAACCUGGAGCAAAAAGAGCUUUUAAGCUCUCUGCCUUGCUUGCAUUUAACUUGUGAAGUUUUAACCAGCCGGCCUUUAACUACAUAUGGAUGAAAUCACACAAGUUAACUGCACCUAAGAUGCACUUGUACUAUAGUUGUGGCUCGACUGCCAAAGAUUUAAGCAAUGAGGGGCCUGUGCGUGUCCUACAAUGUUUUCCUGCUACCUGGCUGCUCUUCUCUGCCUGCUUCAUCUUUCUAGGUAGCAAUUUCCCCAAAUGAUGCACAUCCUGACCCACAAGCCUCUUGGUUUAACACACUGAUGUACAUUCCUUUGCUUAAAUCUGCUGUCAUUCUGUUUUUUCCUAGGCCAGAAAUGUGCACAACGGAGAGUUGGCUGCAGUAAAAAUUAUCAAGUUAGAACCAGGUAAGCUCUUCCCUUCUUUUCUAUUCUUUUUUUUCAAAAAACAAACAAACCACACACCGUAUUUUUUGCUCUAUAAGAGGCACUUUUUCCCCUUCAAAAAUUAAGGGGAAAUGUGUGUGCGUCUUAUGGAGCGAGUGCAGGCUCCUUGGCUUCAGCGAUAGCAACGCAAAGCCUCCGAAGCGCAGAGGGAGCGCUCCCUCCGUGCUCUGGAGGCUUCGUGUUGCUUUCGCUGAAGCCGCCUGAAGCCCCCGGAGCGUAGUGGGAACUCCCGCUGCGCUCCGGGGGCUUCAGGCAGCUAUCCGCAAGCCUUCGGAGUGCAGCAGGAGUUCCCACUGCACUCCAAAGGCUUGCGGAUAGCCGCCUAAAGCCUGGAGAGCGAGAGGGGUCGGUGCACACCGAUCCCUCUUGCUCUCCAGGCUUUGCUUCGCUGGAGAGGCGCUGCAUAGUUUUCCCUCUCUGCGCAGCGCCCCUUCAGCAAAGCGGGAGGAGAAAUGGAAGGGGCUCCGUUUCUCCUGCCGCUUGGCUGAAGGGGCGCUGAGCAGAGAGGGGGAGAAUUCCCUCCUCCUGUUCUCCCCUUCCUAUGGUCCGGUGCAUCCUAUAGAGCGAAAAAUACGGUACUCAUUUUUCAUGGAUUUGUUUCCCUGACAGCCUGCCUAUCACACUCUUAGUUCCCAGUGCUCUGGGCAGCUUUCCCUUCCCCCCCAGUUUAUCCCCACAUCAGCCCUGUGAAGUAGGCUAGGACGGCAGGGGUUUGAACCUGCUUCUCCCUCAUCCAUCUCCACCGUUCCACAAUAGUGUGCCACACAAUGAGGCUGGUUGGACUGAGGGGUUUUGUCUUGACCAAGCCGGCUCAAGGGACUAUUGGCUCAGUAGGUAGCUGAACCUAAUUACAUGCUCAGGUAACAACAUACAUCUAUCAGUUUGUUUGCUCUACCAUCCUGGCUCUUUGUGGCUGUCAGAUUGGCUGAGUUCUCUCUGCUUGCCUCUCUGUCUCAGUCGCACAUCAAGACUUUGUAGUAGCAAUUCAUUCUAUUCCUAUGAAAAGAGGUAAGAAAGAUCAGGUGCUCAAAGAGGUAUUUUGACUCUUAAUUCACUGCACAGUCAACAACAUCUGCUUGUUUGGUGUUUAUUCUUUGCUAGGUAACAGUCGCAGCUUCAUUUGAGCAGGGACUCUCGUUCCUGGGGUGGUUGAAUCAAUGGAUAACAGUACUUCUGAGCAUGUGCAGGGUGUAUCUCCUUCCCCGUUGGGUAGCCCAAACCAGAUUACAUACUAGCUGUGGAUUGGAGGAUAAAAAUCAAGCCAGGGCAGAUACCAUUUUGGAAGUUAAACACCGGCAUCUAAAUGCCUGUGUACAAUGCAGAAUGCAAGAGCCAUUCCUUAAAUCUUGAGUUGCUUUGGCAUGCAUCGCCGGUGACUGGGUCUUGCUGUUGCAGGGAACUGUGCACUUUUCCUAUUAGGUCUCCUGGGAUCUUUGGUGAAAUGGCUGGGAGAUUCUGGUAUUUUAAGAUCAAAAGAGGUGCCUUAGAAUAAGUUCCAGCUAUUGGAUGGUGAGCACCCGCCCACCUUCGGUUGCUUGUUGUCCUCCAGUAUUUCCUAAUCGCUUAAGUGGAAGAAGCUCUGUGCGGCUCAUAGCCAUUGAUUUUGUCUAAUCGUAGUCAUCCGUCCCCAUUGCCAUCAAAUAUGUCUUUAUAUCACUUUGUGACAUAGAGGAGGCAGCUACAAACUGCAAAGAAGGACAAGCAGAACAGGAAAAUGGAUGAAAAAUAUUAAUACAAUGACAAAAUAAUUGUAAUAGUUUUUUGUGAUGGAUAAAGAUAUAACGCAAUAGGAAAGGUUUGAGUAAAAAUACUGUGAAGAUGAAGGUGGGAAGUCGACUUAUGAAACAAUGUACAGUGGUACCUCGGGUUAAGUACUUAAUUCGUUCCGGAGGUCCGUUCUUAACCUGAAACAGUUCUUAACCUGAAGCAGCACUUUAGCGAAUGGGGCCUCCUGCUGCCGCCGCACCGCUGGUGCACGAUUUCUGUUCUCAUCCUGAAGCAAAGUUCUUAACCCGAGGUAAUAUUUCUGGGUUAGCGGAGUCUGUAACCUGAAGCGUCUGUAACCUGAAGCGUAUGUAACCCGAGGUACCACUGUAUUUGAUGUGAAGGUUAUUGUGAAAACGUUUGGAAAAUAACAAUACAAUAAAAGAACAAUACAAUGAAAGAGAGAAAAGUAGGCUAUACAGCAAAGCUACAAAUACUUAGCAUUACAUACCUUUUGGAAGAAAGCACCUCAAAGCUAAAUUUGUAAAGUGUCAUACAAAUAUUAUACCAAGAAUCAUGGGUGAUCGCUGUCCUGAACUGUCUCCAAAAAUUCAGCUGUGAGAGUGGAGGUUGAGUGAGCCCUUCUGACCAGGUAACAAACACCAGGAGAGACCACCAGAUACCCUCAAACUUGUCAGUCUUAGGAAGACCUUUAUACCAGCAGUAAUCAUGAUUGAAAACAAAAACAAAUCCCAAAGCCAUGCGAGCCAAAGGCCAUUGGUGCAUCUUGCAGAAGUGAAUUCCAUAAGUUAAUUAUUCAUUGUGCAACAAGCAGUAUUAAGAAAUAAAAAUUCCCCCAUAAGACUAAUCAUGUCUUCAGGAAAAGGACAAUGUCGAGCCUCAGAGAGUUCAUGCAUCCGAUGAAACAAGUUCUUUCCACAAUAAACAGUUUAUAUACUGUGGCGAGGAUCUCUUUCAGCUCAUGUAAACAGGGCUGUGUUAGAUGCACCCUUUGUCUGCGAAGCAACUCCUUAGUUCUUUCUUUCUCAUUGAAAGGAUUUCCUCCUCCACCCUUUCAGCCAAAAGGGGUCUCAGAGCUACUUGUGGCCAGCAGUAGCUUCAUUGAUCUAGGUUGGAGGUGGACCCCCAAGAAUCGCCUCCACUGCAGAUCUCAGUUUGCAGGCAGGCUGGUUAUGGGUGCAGGCAACCCAUCCAGUAUCUUGCAUUCCAAACUUUUUAAGGAUUUGAAGCUUAAAUCCAGCACUUUGAAUUGGGCUCAGAGAUGCGUUGGCAGCCACUGAAGCUGGUGUAAAAGUAUUGCCAAGACGGACUGCCUCGGUAGCAAAUUAUUAUUAUUAUUAUUAUUAUUAUUAUUAUUAUUAUUAUUAUUAUUAUUUAUUUGUACCCCACCCAUCUGGCUGGGUUUCCCCAGCCACUCUGGGCGGCUUCCACAAAGACCAACAAUACACUAAUAUGUCAUACAUUAAAAACUUCCCUGAACAGGGCUGCCUUAAGAUGUCUUCUGAAUGUCAGAUAGUUGUUUAUCUCUUUGACAUCUGAUGGGAGUGCAUUCCACAGAGCGGGAGCCACUACUGAGAAGGCCCUCUGCCUGGUUCCCUGUAGCUUUGCUUCUCGCAAUGAGGGAACCGCCAGAAGGCCCUCGGCGCUGGACCUCAGUGUCCGGGCAGAACGAUGGGGGUGGAGACGCUCCUUCAGGUAUACUGGGCCGCAAGGCCGUUUAGGGCUUUAAAGGUCAGCACCAACACUUUGAAUUGUGCUCGGAAACAUACUGGGAGCCAAUGUAGGUCUUUCAAGACCGGUGUUAUGUGGUCUCGGCGGCCGCCCCCAGUCACCAGUCUAGCUGCCGCAUUCUGGAUUAGUUGUAGUUUCCGGGUCACCUUCAAAGGUAGCCACAUGUAGAGCACAUUGCAGUAGUCCAAGCGGGAGAUAACUAGAGCAUGCACCACUCUGGCGAGACAGUCCGCGGGCAGGUAGGGUCUCAGCCUGCGUACCAGGUGGAAUUGCUAGACAGCUGCCCUGGAUACAGAAUUGACCUGCACCUCCCUGGACAGCUGUGAGUCCAAAAUGACUCCCAGGCUGCGCACCUGGUCCUUCAGGGGCACAGUUGCCCCAUUCAGGACCAAGGAGUCCUCCACACCAGCCCGCUCCCUGUCCCCCAAAUACAGUACUUCUGUCUUGUCAGGAUUCAACCUCAAUCCAUUAGCUGCCAUCCAUCCUCCAACCGCCUCCAGGCACUCACACAGGACCUUCACCGCCUUCACCACCAGAUGUGGGGAACUUUGGCCCUUCAGAUGUUCCUGAACCACAGCUCCCAUCAGCCUCAGCAAUCGUGGCCAAGGACAAUAGGAAAUGUAGUCUCAGACCACUGGUUGGGCCCCAUGACCAGGUCACAGCCUGUUCUAAGGUGAAUUGCACUAGCCAGCAUGCAAAGAUAUGGUUAAAAAAAUGAAGAAAUGGGUCCCAAAAUGCAUGUUUGGGUUAAAGAUGGGCCUGAAAAAAAACUGAAGGCCAGUGCCUUAGGCAACACCCCUGCAAGGGGAAGGUCACAAGUCUGUUUGGGCAUUAAGCGUUAAGCAAAUAAUAAUUAUAUGCCAUAAAUAGUGCUGGGCUUGUCAGUCUUCUGGGCAGCUUGCCUUCCGUUAAUGGCCUUCUCCUUUUGACAAGAUGCCCACAGGGUUCACCUGGACACCAUUUGGGAAUGUCUGCCGUCUUGUGGCUCUGCCCUCUAAGCCGUUGUGAGUGGGGCACAGUCACCAGGUGCUGGGACGGUUCCUCAGGCAACCAGCGCAAGCCAGCUGCCACACAUGGGGAGGAAGGAGAGGAGCUUUUGCUCUGUUUGUGGAGCUUCAGCGGUGCCGUCCUGCUCUCGGAGCUGCGGUAGGCCGGAGAAGGAUCUGCCCCACACCUGUGCAGGUGAAGGCAGGGGACCCUAAACGGGCUUGGCUCAGUAUACCUGAAGGAGCGUCUCCACCCCCAUCGUUCUGCCCAGACACUGAGGUCCAGCGCCGAGGGCCUUCUGGCGGUUCCCUCGCUGCGAGAAGCCUAGUUAUGGGGAACCAGGCAGAGGGCCUUCUCGGUGGUGGCGCCCGCCUUGUGGAAUGCCCUCCCACCAGAUGUCAAAGAGAAGAACAACUACCAGACUUUUAGGGGACAUUUGAAGGAAGUUUUUAAUGUUUAACAGACCACUGUAUUUUAAUACUUUGUUGGAAGCUGCCCAGGGUGGCUGGGGAGACCCAGCCAGAUGGGCGGGGUAUAAAUAAUAAAUUGUUGUUGUUGUUGUUGUUGUUAUUCCUGCGGCUAUCAUUUGUUUUCACUGUUUUUAGUACUGAACUUUAAAUAGUUGUAGCCUGGGGCCUGCUGGUGAAGGAUAGAUAAUAAAUUUCGUCGUCAUCAUAAUUGUCACCAUCACAGUUUGUCCUGAGCCCACCAGCCUUCCUGCCCCCCCCUCAAAUAUAAUGUUCCGUUGACCUCUGAGCCAGAAACAUCUCCUCCACGCCACCCAUUGAAUUUCUUUCCUCCGUCUUAGACAUUCCCAAGGUCCUCGCCAGAUUCCAGGAGAAUAAAACUGGUUUUACAGCUGGGAUGUUUUGUGAAGUUUCCGUGAUUACGGGACAAAAUAAAAGCGAGGUCUGUCAGAGAGGCACGUUGUCUUGUCUGCCUCCUCGCAAUCCUUCUGCCUGCUGCUGCUGCUAAGCUGACUUUUCUGUCUGGUAUUUGAGGUUUUGCGUUCAGCUUUUGAGCCACCGCUGCUAUUUACAAGUUUCCAGGCCUGCCUUGGAGCCAGGGGUUGCUCUCUUGGUGCCGGGGCUGAGCUGAAGGGCCUGUUUCUCUGCUGCAGGGUUCAGCUGUGGUGACUGUGUGAGAAAGAGAAGCCCUUGCAGCCAGACAGCCUCAUUUAUCUGCACAAGCCAGCAACUGCUGCUGCUUUGCUCACUCUCUUGCAUGUGGGAUUCAGAACUUCCGUUUUCGGGGUUUGUGGCUUCCAAGCAGACCCGAAGACCUCGUAUUUAAAUAAAGAAACGUGCAGCGUUUUAACUCGAGCAGAGCUGACGCGGUUGGAUCCUCCUCCUGCUUAUUAUUUGCACAACGCCAUCGAUGUUCCGGUGUUCCUUGCAGAGUUUCAUAGGGACAUAUAAAUGAGUCUCUGCCCCCAAGGAGCUUGCAAGGUGAAAUAGGCAAUGAGAAGGAGAGGCAAACAAAGAGGCACACUGCUCUCGAAGGAACUUUGUUCACUGUAAAAUCUCCCAUCGGGUGGGAAAUGGAGGAAAUGCUUUUGAAACCUGGAGGCAUUGCAAAGCCUUACGUAGCAUGCAACCGUGAGCAUUUAGAGGUUCGCACAUUGAUCCAGGUCCUCUGAAAUGAACCAUGUAGCAUUGGGGCAGAUAGGCGGAGCUACGAAAUGGGAAGACUCUGGUUCGAAUCUUGCCUCUGCCACCAGAUAAUAUUUGGAAAGCAAACCCCCCACCUUCAGUCCUGCACCUCCAACGUAGGAAUACUAAUAUUGUCCUUGCUUACUAGGUGGUUGCAAGUAUUGUAAGCUCUGUUCUGUCUGUGGAAUGCGCUGGACACUCUGGAGAUCUGAAGGUUUGGAGUCAGACCACUGGGGAACCGCCGGGGUUCCUGAACUACAGCUCCCAGCAGCCAUAACAGAGGGUCAAAGCUUUGCCACCCCUGCUUCAGCCCCACAUUGUCUGAUGGGGUUUGUAGUUCAAAGCAUUUGGAGGGUGCCAGUUGGUGAAGGUGGCUCUGAAGCCUUGGGCAGAGAGAGAUUUCGCAUCGCCCUGCCUACCUGGGUGCCUACCUUAAGAGGAGGUGCUAAGGGCUGUAUUUUGGAGUUUAUGCCUACAAAGGAGGAGCUUUUCACUUAACGGCAUCCCCUUUACUAAGAAUGCAACUAACGCUUCCAUUUUUACUUUGUAAGAAAGCAAAUAUGUCAGUUCUAUAGUUCCUGUUUGGGGUAUGUGGCUGACACAUUUGGCAGCGCUUUGAAUCCUUUUUACAUGUGUCCUGAAUUAUCUAGGUGUUGGCUUGUGCUCAGUUAAUAAAGAGUUGGGCAGAAAAGCAGCCUUCUUUCUCCUCCCCCAGUUAAGCUGUGGAUGUUGAAUUCGAAUGUUACCAGCUGUUAACGCUGAUUCUGAAAUUAGACUAAUGGGAAUCUUUGCACUGUGCCAUGUAACUGGAGCUAUGUGCGUUCACUGUGCAUAUGCCCAUCCUGUCCUGAGAAUCUCUGCUUUUAUUUUAUUUUAAUUUAAAAAAACAACAACCAGAAUGAAUUGUAAAAAUAGGAUAGCUGUGUGUCACUAGCUUUUUGGCAUGAAGCUAGCCCUCAACAUUUUAAAAAACACAACGCUCUCGGAUUAUCUGGAAGCAGAACCAAAAACACGAAGGCAUGAAGCUAGCCUUCAGCCCUUCAAAAACCACGAAAGAAGAAUUUGGAAACAUAGAGGCAAGAAAUGCGAAGCUCCAGCUCAUUCCCAUUUUUCAGGGUUUGGCUGAGCUUGUUGUAUUUGAGGGCAAAAGGCUUUUGAAUGGGGCCAUUGUGCACAGGAAAGCCAUUUGUGUGUGUUCUGACAGGGGCUCCUCAUCUGCUUUCCUAAAAAUGACGUACAGAUGUUGUUUGUGUUCAAAACAUACAGAUCAGCGGUGGCCCUCGCUGAGUCCCUCCCCUGAUCAAGGACGAGGAUGUCAGGAGGUCGUGAUCUGCGUGACUUUUGACUUGUUCGGGGGCUUUCCCCAUAUCUUCUCCUCAUCUGCCUGGGGAGGGUGGGGGGAAGCUGAAGGCCACAGCAAGACUGCGGUCAGGACCCAGUCAGGCAAGACACUGGAUGCUGUGCCCUGGUAGGGGAUCAAAAGCUGUUUUCAAUUUCCCCUCUCCAUGCUUGUUGACGGUUGCUCUUGUCUUGGUCUCUUGCUUUGGACGGCGUUUAUAAUGGGUGAGAAGCUGGAGACCAGCUUCCUGUUGUUUGCUGGAUUGGUGCUGCUGAGUAAAGCCAAGUGGGUAGAAGGGCCCAAUUCUUGGGGGCGGAGGAAUUGUGGGAUGGGCAUGAGUGAGAAGAAUGCUGCUAUUAUUAUUAUUAUUAUUAUUAUUAUUAUUAUUAUUGGAUGGGCAUGAGUGAGAAGAAUGCUGCUAUUAUUAUUAUUAUCAUCAUCAUCAUCAUCAUCAUCAUCAUUACUAUUUGUAUCACAACCAUCUGACUGAGUUGCCCCAGCCACCCUGGGCAGCUUCCAGCAGAAUAUACAAAAACAAAACUUCCCUGUACAGGGCUGCUUUCAGAUGGGAGGGCGUUUCAUGGGGAGGGUGCCACCACCGAGAAGGCCCUCUACUUGGUUCCCUGUAACCUCACUUCUUGCAGCGAGGGAAAUGUCAGAAGGCCCUCGGAGCUGGACCUCAGUGUCCGGGCCGAACGAUGGGGGUGGAGAUGCUCCUUCAGGUAUCCUGGGCCGAGGCUUUAAAGGUCAGCACCAGCAGUUUGAAUUGUGCUUGGAAACAUCCAGGGAGCCAAUGAAGAUCCUUUAGGACUGGUGUUAUAUGGUUCUGGCGGCCACUCCCAGUCCAGCAGUGACAUUCUGGAUUAGUUGUCGUUUCCGAGUCACCUUCAAAGGUAGCGCCACAUAAAGUGCAUUGCAGUAGUCCAAGCGGGAGAAGACCGCCCUGUACCCCCCUGGCGAGACAGGGCACAGGCAGGUAGGGUCUCAGAUGGAAGUGGUUAUGUCGGUGUGAGAAGGCCCCUCCUCUUGGUGGGUGCCAGAGCCCUGUUGAAGGUGGAGAGCCAGAGGUCUCAUGUUGUGCUGAGCUGGAGCAUGGGCGAAGCACAUCCAAUCACUUCAAGGCUUAGCACAGGCAUAGGCAAACUCGGCCCUCCAGAUGUUUUGAGACUACAACUCCCAUCAUCCCUAGCUAACAGGACCAGUGGUCAGGGAUGAUGGGAGUUAUAGUCCCAAAACAUCUGGAGGGCUGAGUUUGCCUAUGCCUGGCUUAGCAAGUUGCAAGGGACCAUCUCCUGAGUUCUUCGUCUCUCCCUGAGGACGUGCAUGCUUUUUCUGCCGGCCAAUUUGAAGCUUGGAACGGCUCCUUGCAUAACUGGGCUAUUCCCUUGUAAAAUAGCAGGCAGAGCUGUCGCCCUCAGGCGUCCUAAGAGGCUCCCAGCCCAUCUUGCGGGGCCUGAGCACAUACUUUCCAGAGUCACUGUGGCGCUUGAGCCCCCGAGGCUGCCAGCCCAGCCCUCUGAGGAGCAGUUUUGUCUUCAGCCAGAGAAAGUAAUAAAACGUGGAAAACCAGUAGAGUGGAAUUCGUUUAAGGGGGGAGAAGUAGCGGUGGAGGGGGAGAUUUUUUUAGCAUCCGUCGAGCAGUUGUAGCAUUCUGCAUUGUAUUGUUUUGUUAAUAAUCACAAACAUGUUCUGGGAUAUAUUUGUCAGGCUUGAGUCUUUUGCUGCUUUGGUUGCCUGACCAGUCUGCUUUUCAACCCCUACCCUGCGGCCAGUUGAUGAGUAGACCUUGAGCUACGAUGACAAAUGCUGGGUUCAAAGCGAGUGCUGUGGUUGGUGCCGCCUCUGGUCACUCCUGUGCCUCCGAUAAGAUUUGCAGUCCCAUUGACAGAGCGAGAAAAUGCACUCGCACACAUUUCCCUGGGUAAAAGUCAGAUCCUGGGGGAAUUAAUCCUUGAAAAGCAUAGAGAGCUGAAAGAGGAAGUGGGAAACAGCAACUCUCUUCCAACUUCCCAUGUCACGUCUGUGUACAAUUCAAGGGAGAAAAAGAUAACUACCCUCACCACCGCAUGAUGAAGAGGUCAGUGAGUAGGAAGAGAGCUCAACUCCCACCCAGCUGCUCUCCCGUGAUAACACAGAAUCAUAGAAUCAUGGAAUUGUAGAGUUGGAAGGGACCCUAAGGGUCAUCUAGUCCAACCCCCUGCAAUGUAGGAAUCUCAGCACAUGGUCCCCCAUCCUUAUGGAAACCAUACCAGACCCUGCUUGCCUUUACAAAUGUGCUGGCAGUUUUAUUGCUGCACCACUAGGAUGAACGCAUUAACUGCAGGUGUAAGAGAGCUUGCACACUACCAGUGUUUUAUGAACUGUGAUGUUUAGGGUUAUAUUUUUUCUGAAGUGUUUUGUUGAUUGAUCAAAGCAGUCACUCAAAAUUAGAUUAAUUGGUUGAUAGCACUGCUUGUGGAAUUUGAAUUGGAAUCCAUGAAUUCUGCUGCAAAUCAACCUUCUGGAUCUGCGCCUUUUGGGUCGCGGUGUGAAUCAGAACAUAACUGUCCUUCAGAUUUUGCCCCUCUCCAAAUUAUGCAGUAUAGCCCUUGGCUUUAAAAAAUGCACCGAAAUGCAUAUUAUAGGAUCAAAAAAAGACAUAUGGGUGCAUUGAGGUCAGAUACACAGCUAAUUAUGUAUUUUUGACGAAAUAUGAAUUCUCAUGAGGUUUUAACAAAAAAAGGUAGAUUAAUGCAGAGUGGGAUUAUUAUUAUUAUUAUUGGCAUGUAUUUAUGAGUGAAUACAUGCAAAACUGACACAGAGUGGAAAUAGACUGAUCCAUCCUACCUAGAAAGAUGCCUCCAGUUAUUUAAUCCAGUAGAUUAAAAAAAUUAAAAGCAUUCAGUUUUUAAUAUAAGCUCUUAUGAACCUGCAGGUGUCAAGCGCCAUCAUGGAAGGAGUAUUCCCUCCUACCAGAGAGAGAGAGAGAGAGAGAGAAGGGGGGUUGUCUCUUCUUUGAUGUUAGCUGCUCCUACACACCUUGCAGGACAUCAUCUAAACCAGCCCUCCCAUCUAUUUUGGACUGCAACUUCCACUAGCCCCAGCCAGCAAAUAUGCCUUUCCCACCUUUGGCGUUGUUGGGUUUAUUUCCCCCUCAUAUGUUAAUAUGUGCAGAUUUAAUUAAGAUUCAUACAGUCAUUCAGCCAGGCUUCCUUUAACCAGGCAACAGCCCUGGUUAAAGUGAAUAACAAAUCUGCUUUGCGUUUUCCCCAGGGGAUGACUUUUCGUUGAUACAGCAAGAGAUCUACAUGGUUAAGGAAUGCAAGCAUCCUAACAUCGUAGCUUACUUUGGGAGCUAUCUCAGGUAAGGCCUCCUGCAUUCUGCUUUGUAGAAACGAUUUGCUGUGACAACUUCCUGCAGGGACCUAAGGUUUUUCUGCACAAGCCCCAGGGAAGGUGGCGUUCCCCGCUGGUUUUUGAGCUUGCUAUCUGCUGCAAGAUACGGUGGUCCUACAAUGUCAAAGUUGAUGAAACUUUGAUGCUGGGGCUACAUAGAGCUGCUUUUUAAAGCUCUGGUGGGACGGAAGGGAAGUAGUUCUUCUCACCAAACCUGAAGCACCAUAUUUUCCAGUCUGCUGUAAUUCUGCAUUCUGUUGGACAUGAAUCUCUUGGGACAUCCCUUAUUCCUCAACGGAUUUGAUCCAUUUUCCUGCGCUUGCAUGUUCUGAUAUUCAGAAGUGUCCGUGCAGUUUGCUGCAUGCCCCUCCCCCCCCAAGAAAUCAAGGGUUGUGUUUUAUGUGAUACUUAAAAAUCUGCAAAGGGGUCGGGACUUGACGCUGCUGUGGGUCUUGAACCUUUGAUGGAUAACUCUGUAAAAAAUGGACCUCCGACCUCAGUUCCUGUCUGUGUAAUGGGAAUAAUGGUGACAAGGUGGCACCUAAUCACUACAAAGCGCCUGUCUGAGAUGGGUAAGAAUUAUUAACUACCCUGAGCCUCAGGGACAGGAUGGGCUAUGAAUAGCAAUGCAAUACAAAUAAAUGUUUUCUGAUUCGUUAUCAGCAUCAGGCAUUAUUUCUGAUAAUUUCUUCUUAAUUUCAUAGCCGUGAGAAGCUGUGGAUUUGUAUGGAGUACUGCGGAGGAGGAUCCCUUCAAGAUAUUUAUCAUGGUAAUUGACAACCUUAUUAUUUUAUACCAUGCCCUUCCUUCAAGGGGUUGGGGUGGGAUGCGCAACUCUUUUCUUCUCUUUAAUUUGGGGCACAAAUUACUGUAAAGUGCUGCAGUCCAAAACCUGCUGCAACAAAUGAGAAAGCCCUGCUAACUUCCAUACUUUAGCCAUGCGCCGCAUGACGAAGGACAUCCUUUUAUCAGCCCCACACGGGUCAAGAGCAUGCCACCGCAUCAUGCUUCAUCACUUUAUGUUUGAUUUUCCUUUCAGUGACGGGGCCGCUGUCGGAGUUUCAGAUUGCGUUUGUUUGCAGAGAGACGUUGAAGGUAAGGCACUGCUGGGCAGGUCCUGGGCGACUUUUGGCGUAAGAAGAACAAAGCUGUUUCAGUAGAACUGCGGUUCAAAGUACAUGCAGGGGAGCGGGAGAAGAUCGCCAAUAAUAAUCUUAGCUAAUAAACUGCUCAGUUGUUGUUUUUUAGUCAUUUAGUCGUGUCUGACUCUUCGUGACCCCAUGGAGCAGAGCACGCCAGGCACUCCUGUCUUCCACUGCCUCCCACAGUUUGGUCAGACUCAUGCUGGUAGCUUCGAGAACACUGUCCAACCAUCUCGUCCUCUGUCAUCCCCUUCUCCUUGUGCCCUCCAUCUUUCCCCACAUCAGGGUCUUCUCCAGGGAGUCUUCUCUUCUCAUGAGGUGGCCAAAGUCUUGGAGCCUCAGCUUCAGGAUCUGUCCUUCCAGUGAGCACUCAGGGCUGAUUUCCUUCAGAAUGGAUAGGUUUGAUCUUCUUUAAGUCCAUGGGACUCUCCAGAGUCUCCUCCAGCACCAUAAUUCAAAAGCAUCAAUUCUUUGGCAGUCAGCCUUCUUUAUGGUCCAGCUCUCACUUCCAUACAUCACUACUGGGAAAACCAUAGCUUUAACUAUACGGACCUUUGUUGGCAAGGUGAUGUCUCUGCUUUUUAAGAAGCAGUCUAGGUUUAUCAUCACUUUUCUCCCAAGAAGCAGGCGUCUUUUAAUUUUGUGGCUGCUGUCACCAUCUGCAGUGAUCAUGGAGCCCAAGAAAGUAAAAUCUCUAACCGCCUCCAUUUCUUCCCCUUCUAUUUGCCAGGAGAUGAUGGAACCAGUGGCCAUGAUCUUAGUUUUUUUGAUGUUGAGCUUCAGACCAUAUUUUGCUCUUUCCUCUUUCACCCUCAUUAAGAGGUUAUUUAAUUCCUCCUCACUGCUCAGGACAAAUUGUUAAACACCGUAGUCUGGCUUUGGGAUUUUUAGUUCACUGCUUCAUAUUUCAGCUGGCACUGUGGUCUAAACCACUGAGUCUCUUGGGGUCUCUUGGGCCGCGACAGGGUGAGCUCCUGUUGCUCUGUCCCAGCUCCUGCCAACCUAGCAGUUCGAAAGCACACCAGUGCAAGUAGAUAAAUAGGUACCGCUGCGGCAGGAAGAUAAACAGCAUUUCUGUGUGCUCUGGUUUCUGUCAUGGUGUUCCGUUGCACCAGAAGUGGUUUAGUCCUACUGGCCACAUGACCCGGAAAGCUGUCUGUGGACAAACGCCGGCUCCCUCGGCCUGAAAUCGAGAUGAGCGCCACAACCCCAUAGUCGCCUUUGGCUGGACUUAACCGUCCAAGGGUCCUUUACCUUUACAUUUUUACCUAUAUAGUGGAGAUGGUUGCAUAUACAUAGAAUUAAUAGAGGUUUCCUGUGUUCAAAGCACUUCAGGUGCUUUCUCUCAGGAAUCUGCACAGCUAUCUAAUAAGGUAGGUGAUCAUUUCUUAUUCCCACCUUGCAAGUGGAAGAGGGUACCCAAAGGCAGCUCACACAUGGGACUCCAGCUCCAACUCCCAUCAUCCCUAGCUAGCGGGGAAACAGCUGGGGACCCAAGUUUGAGAAAUGCCCUAAGGUCACCAAGGAAGUGGCCCAUCUGCAAUUUGAAGUGGAGACUUGGCAGGUCACCUGCUUUGCCACAAUGCAGCCCCAUCUGUCCACAGGAAGGGCUGCCCAUUCUCUCUGUUAGCCAUGUUAUGGGGAUGGUCUUUUAUCCCACCCAAGCUGACAUUCUGUGGGUGUAAAAGGUUGAUCUUUGAAUAUGCACUCAAUUAGAGUCUUAAUUCAGCACUAAAAGAAGCCCUUCUAAGAUGCCGUUUAAGGCUCUGUUCAGAACAGUUUCCAAAGAGAGCGUGAUAGCUCAGUACUGAGACACCUGUACUAAAAAUACCUUCACCCAGAAGCAAACGUUUUUGAUAUCACACUCCUGGACCUCCUCUUCACAACUCUGUUUUAUUCUCUGUGGAUGAGGCAGAGGACCAGCACAUGAGAGCUGCUUUGCUGAACCACAUUGGGGAACAGGGGAACAGGGACCCCCCCAAAUCAUGAAUCACAGUGUCUCCUCCCAGCUCUAGUGAUUUAGAGGAGCAAGGUCAUGGACUGUAGAGUUGGAAGGGACCCUGAGGUUCAUCUUAUCCAGGGUUGUCCAACCAGUAGAUCACCUGGGUGAUCGUGGUCGUUAUGGUGCAAACAAAAUCCCUGUAUCCCGUCUCCAGCGCUGUCUCCCUCCCUCUUGCCAACCCCCCCCCCAAAAGCUCAACAACUAUGGCCAACCCCCCGAAAACGCACACUCCUCCCUCCCUCCAAUGAUGGUGGGUAGAUCACUGACAGUUACUUUAUACUUGGAGUAGAUCGCAGUCUCUUGGGAGUUGGACGUUCUUGAUCUAAUCUAACCCCUUGCAGUGCAGCAAUCUUUCACGCAACGUGGGACUCGAACGCACAACCCUGAGAUUAAAGAGUCUCGUCCUCUACCAACUGAGCUAUCCUUCAGACAAUAAUAACACAAAUAAAGCAUAGUAAUGUGUUUGCAUAAGGAUUCAUUUAAAAACAUUUUGCAUGCAUUAUCUCAGCAGUUCUUUUAAAGUUAGUGGGGCAGGUGAGUGGGGCUCAGGCAGCAGCCCGUCGUCUCGUGGGGGAAUUGGUCCUGGUUACUCUGGCCUUUGAUUUCUUAGGCCGUCUUGGAGUUCCAUCCUCAUCUUUGCCGCUGUUUUCUUUUUAGGGGCUCGAUUAUUUGCACAAGAAAGGCAAAAUGCAUCGGGAUAUUAAGGUAGGUGAUUCCUGAAUGGAGCUCUUUCUCCGUUAAAGAAGGGGGGGGGGUGUUGGUGAGUGACCGUAAACUCAAGGUUUUAUUUUUAUUUUUCAGGGUGCAAAUAUUCUGCUGACAGACCAUGGGGACAUCAAGCUGGGUAAGUUUGCUUGCUCUCCUUGACUUCCGAGAGAGAGUAAAGACAUGUAUAACAUUUGCAGAGCAGCGGAGACCGUCUCGGAGGCAUCUUUGCUUCAGGCAGUGCAAAUGUACCUUCUCUUCUUGAGGUCAUGCUCUGCAUGUCACAGAAGCCAGAUGUGGGUGGGACUAAUUGGCUAGCUCCUGUGCCAUCUCCAACCCCUAAAGCAAUUGUGCAGUUUUUUAAAAUUCCCUUUUAAUUCAACCUCCAGUUUCACCCACUCAUCUGCCCCUUCCAGUUUGGGUGGGAGCUUGGGAGGCCCCUGUGGCUGGCACUAAUGCAAAUUUGGCACACAUGCCUCUCUUCACCCUCCCCAACCCCUCCCAAGAGGGCCUACUUAGACCCUUUCCCUUGGCCUGCGUGAAAUGGAAAGCCAGCUUCUAGAAAACAUCUUCCACUCUUUCUCCCGCAGCUGACUUUGGCGUCGCAGCGAAAAUAACGGCCACCAUCGCAAAGAGGAAGUCGUUUAUCGGCACUCCUUACUGGUAAUAAAUUCCUUGGGAUUAUUCAAACAAGGGCCUGGGAUGCUGAGCCAGGGUUUCUGGACUGCGCUAAGAGGAGUUGAGGAUGCAGUGAGUUGGCAGAAACAGACUCAAAGCUAUUGAGCUCUUUUCUGACUUCGUUGGCUGGGCAUCCCUCUGAGAAUCACCUCUUCCGCUGCUGCUGAAUACCUUCUGCUGAUUCACUUUAAGGCAGACGUGGGGACCAAAUGCAGCCCUCUAGUCCUCUGUUAAGCCCUUGAGACCCUUCCUAGUGCCUUUGCCAAGCUGGAAUCAGUCUUUGAACUAUGGGAAUGAUGCUUGCUUGACAGGAUGGAGGUGUGUGUGCUUGUGUUUGUGUAGCAUGGUUGGAGUGUGACCUUAACAGUUGCAACCGUUGCUCUGUCUACUCUUGCAUCUGGCCCCAUUCACAACUGGCAUGUGACACCCCCCCCAAAAAAAAGUUGUACAUGAGGGAAUGCGACCCUGAAAAAGGUGUCCCACCUCUGCUUUAACAGCCCAUACAAGGUGUCUACACAGGUGAGACAGAAGCACACAUAUCUCAGCUGCAACAACUUUUAGAAACUGGAAGGUAAAUAUAUAUACACACCUUGGGUUCCUGAUUUACAUCCUACACUGUUCACAGGAAUAGGCAGCUUUUGUCAGCCAAGGAAGCAACCUUCGGAUGAACAUGGAAGUAGCACAGAUGAGCAACUUGUGAAAUGCAGGUUGUUAUGUUCAGCUCACUCUUUUUUUAAAAAAAGAAUUAUAAAUAUCCUGCCUUUACUUUGUUCGUUCUGCAAAAGUCCUUAUGGUGGCAGAAGCAAGGCUGAAUUUGCAAGUGCGCCCUCAGUAAAAUAAAAAACAAUCUGAUCUUGCAGUCGGUUGUGCACAAAUUGAGGAUGGGUGCACCAGGUUUUUCAGCUGGGCUAAUUAAUGGUCAAGUCUUCCUUGAAGGAAUUGUUCCGAGAAGUGGCUCAGCAUUCUCAGAACUGCAGUCCCCAAAAUUCCUUAAGGGAGGCACCAACAGCUCAAUCAGUAUAGCUUAAUGCUGCUGGCUUACCAAAAGCUCCACAAACCCGGUGGGGUAUGUGGGAUCCCCUUCCUGCUCCACCGUAGGACUCCUUGAGGUCCACCAGCUGGAGUCAAGCGCAAAGGAGUGACUUACAAAGAAGGUCAGACAUACACUGAGAAUUAAGGAAGGGGUGGGAGUUGCUUAUUAUUAUCAUUGUCAUUAUUUUAUUUUAUUUAUACUCUGCCUAUCUGGCUGGGUUGCCCCAGCCACUUUGAGCGGCUGUUGUUAAACAAUUCGGAGACAAAGAACGCCGGGUGAUUUAUUGCAAAAGAGAUCCACAAAGCACGCCCUGUCUGCCUUCUGCCCGCACCGCAGUCAGCCUCCUCCUUUUGCUGUCUCUCCAAAGUCUGCAGGACCAGGCGGCAUGUCUGGCACCUGGUAGACAGCAGCAUGUUUCUGUCAGGCUCCAAUUCUCCAGUCUUUUUUGUCUAGCCCUUAGGACUCUCCCCAGGCCUUCCUCCUCAGGCUACCCUGUUCUUUCCAGGGUAUGUGUCUUCAUUGCUUCUCCUUAAAAAGGUAAAGGGACCUCUGACCAUUAGGUCCAGUCGUGACCGACUCUGGGGUUGCAGCGCUCAUCUCACUUUAUUGGCCGAGGGAGCCGGUGUCCAGCUUCCGGGUCAUGUGGCCAGCAUGACUAAGUCGCUUCUGGCGAACCAGAGCAGCUCACGGAAACAUUGUUUACCUUCCUGCCGGAGCAGUACCUAUUUAUCUACUUGCACUGGCGUGCUUUCGAACUGCUAGGUUGGCAGGAGUUGGGACUGAGCAACGGGAGCUCACCCCGUUGCAGGGAUUUGAACUGCCAACCUUCUGAUCGGCAAGUCCUAGGCUCUGUGGUUUAACCCACAGCGCCACCCGUGUCCCUUGCUUCCCCUUAAGGGACUGCAAUAAUACCUCUUGCUUGCUUGGGGGGGAGGAUGUGUGUGAGAGUAUGUGUUUCUGUAGAAACCUCUGACUUCUGCAUAACUGGGAAUGCCAACUUCUGUGCAAACGAAAGGGCUGCAUCCUGCAGCCCACGUGCUUUACAAACACAAAUACCUUUAUUGGCAUUAUGAAUUAAAAAAUUUCAAAACACUAGGAUAAAUUUAAAAGGGACAGGGGUGAGGCUGUUGAGGAUCACAAGGUACUCGAUUGUUCUGCUUCACCCUGUCUAUGCCCUAGAGAGGGAUGAUUAAUUAAGAACCCUUUCGGGUAAGAUGCUUUAUGCCUCUGGCUCUGCAUGCAGCCUCCAGAAGGUUGUUCACGAGAAGAUGUGGCCCUGGGGCUGCGAAAGGUUCCCCACUCCCGGGCUGCAAGCCCAGGAGGGGCAUUUGGGUUCAUUCAAAAGCACCAAGGGGAGGUGGGGUAAGUCUUGGCUCUUCCUGCCGCCUGACAGCGUUUUUGUUCCCCCCACGAAGGAUGGCUCCGGAAGUUGCAGCUGUAGAAAAGAACGGCGGCUACAACCAGCUGUGCGACAUCUGGGCGGUGGGCAUCACGGCCAUCGAGCUUGGAGAGCUGCAGCCGCCCAUGUUUGAUCUUCAUCCGAUGAGGUCUGUGGACAGGAAGGGCUCCUCUCCUCGCACUCUCUCUGGCCCUGAAGUAGACGAGUGUUAAAAAGAACUCAAGUAUCUGAGAGCUGGAAGGGACCGUAAAGGUCAUUUGUUCCAACCCCCUUGCCAAGGCAGGGAACUCAACACUCCAGUAUCCUUGGGGUGUGGUCCUCCCUCCUGCCCCUGCUACAGAACCUUUGGCUGGAGAAAGAGGAGAACCUUCCCCCUAGAAUAAUAUUAGCGCUCUGUAAUUUGCUUUUACUGACCUAUGGUCUUCCCCCAUCCAAAAAAAAAACCCUAGUUCUUUAAUUGACAGUUAACACAGUUGGUGUUAUUUUUAGAUUUUCUAUGUUGGUAUUUUUUAAUUGGUAUGGAAAUGUGCAAGCAUCAUCAAAAGAGGAAACAGAUUCAUAGCACUUCAGUCUUUUGCAAAUGCAACAUUUAUAAUAUCGACAUUUUUAGAUGGUUGCUGAUACCUUGUUUGCACGAUACUGUGAGCUUCCUUGAGUGGACUGUGCCCCGAAAGGCAGCUCACAAAUAAAUGAAUAAAGCCUGACCUGCCUGACUGUUCCACCAUCAAUUCAGUGUGUGCAAUCAGGAAGUUCUUCCUAAUCUUUAGGGGUGUUGUGAACUGCAAAUCCCAUCAUCCCCAGCCAGCAGAGCCAAUGGUCAGGAAAGAUGGGAAUUGUAGUACAAACCAUCUGGCAGGCGCCACUUGGUCUACUCCGGUCAAAAACCCCUUUCUUCCCUUACAAAUCCUUUCCUUCAGGUAGGUAGCCGUGUUGGUCUGACACAGUCUAGAUAGAUAGAUAGAUAGAUAGAUAGAUAGUCCAGUUGCACCUUAGAGACCAACUAAGUUUGUUCUGGGUAUAAGCUUUUGUGUGCAUGCAUGGUAUCUGAAGACGUGUGCAUGCACACGAAAGCUUAUACCCAGAACAAACUUAGUUGCUCUCUAAGGUGCUACUGGACAAUUUUUUAAUUUUUUAAUUUAUUUCGAAUCCUUUCCUUGUACAGCUGUGUUCUACACUUCUGACGGGGUGGUUUCCUUGUAUUUCAGGGCCUUGUUCCUAAUGUCCAAAAGCAACUUUCAGCCUCCAAAGCUAAAGGAAAAAACAAAAUGGUAAGUCUGGGAGUGCCUUUUUCAUUUAUUUUUUCCCCAGUGGUCUUGCCCUUGAUGGUUUGUGUCUUGUUCCUUUCCAUACCAAUAGGGGUGCCCUUUGGCUGGUGAUGGUGACCCCUGAAGGUGGCUGAAAGAGAUGCUUAGAAUAUUCCAUCGCAUAACCCCCCCCCCCAAAAAAAAUGUGGGCUUAAGGGAUGGGUGUGGGGAGCAGAAAGAGUUUGACCUGCUGAUAUUGACUGGCAACCCCUCAAAUUGCCCCUCCCUCCACUCUAGUCAUGGGGCAGUACAAUCCUUUGAUGGUUGCCUUUCUUUUUAACUGGGACAUGGGUGGCGCUGUGGGUUAAACCGCAGAGCCUAGGACUUGCCGAUCAGAAGGUCGGCGGUUCAAAUCCCCGCGACGGGGUGAGCUCCCAUUGCUCGGUCCCUGCUCCUGCCAACCUAGCAGUUCAAAAGCACGUCAAAGUGCAAGUAGAUAAAUAGAUACCACUCCGGUGGGAAGGCAAACGGCAUUUCCGUGCACUGCUGUGGUUCGCCAGAAGCGGCUUAGUCAUGCUGGCCACAUGACCCGGAAGCUGUACGCCGGCUCCCUCGGCCAGUAAAGCGAGAUGAGUGCCACAACCCCAGAGUCGGCCACGACUGGACCUAAUGGUCAGGGGUCCCUUUACCUUUACUUUCUUUUAAACCAAAAGGCUCCUCACUGGAUCAUUUUGGACACUCCCCUGCUGCAAUUCUUUUAGGGUACAUGCAAAAGUCGCUGGGCACACCCACCUUUGCUUUGUGCCUGACCAGGCAGAGGGAUAGGCAAGAGUGGAAGUAUUCUCAGUUGACCGUGCCCCGUCCUCCAGCGUAUGGCUGGAGGUAUGAUUAAGGGGUGAGGGAAAGGAUUUUAGGCCAGAAGUUUCUGCUUUCUUGCAGGCCUGCCUCUGCUCAGUCUCCGUUUUUAAGAAGUGGUAUUUCUCUAGAACAAGGACAAAAGCAAUUUCUGAAGUUAGGUUACCUUUUGCUCUGGGAGGUUGGUCCGCCCGACAUUUCAUUUGCCUCCCCCUUAUGUCAGUUGCGGUGUCGUCAUACUGUGUUGCCUCCCCUCGUUGCCUGCGUGUCUUUUUCUGCAGUUCAGUUGUGAUCUCCAUGUUAGCCAUAUUUUCCAGCACCCAGACAGUCAAACCACAUUCUUUUGCUACAGAUGUUUUUGCCGUUUGCACAAGAGUUGCACUGGCCUUCUGUUCUUCCCUUCCCCUUUUUGGCAAAAAAAUGUAGUUAAAAAAAACACCCCAGACAGUUGGGGGGUGGGGGGAACGAACUUGAACUUUUUUCUUAAUUCUGCAGCACUACAGGGGCCAAUGCAGCUGGAAGGGGAAUGCAUAAGACUUAAGAAGAUCUCUGAGGUUGAGUCCGACCAAAGGCCCAUGCAAUCAUAGAAUCAUCUAGUCCAACCCCAUUCAAUCCAGAAAUCACAGCUCAAGAAUCCCUGCAUCUAGUCUCUGCUUUAAAAACCUCCAAGGAAGGAGAGUCGUCCCCCCCACUCCCAAAGGAGUCCAUUCCACUAUCAAACAGCUCUUGCCGUCAGAAAGUUCUUCCUAAUGUUUAGUUGGAAUCUCUUUUCUUGUAAUUUGAAUCCAUUGGUUCGUGUCUUGCCCUCUGGAGCAGGAGAAAACAAGCAUGCUCCAUCUUCCCUUUGACAGCAGUUUGGAUAGCUCAACAUUUGCAAUGUUGAAUUCCGUCCUCUAUUUCAGAUAGAGAUGAUAUACCGUAUUUUUUGCUCUAUAGGACGCACUUUUCCCCCUCCAAAAAUGAAGGGGAAAUGUGUGUGCGUCCUAUGGAGCGAAUGCAGGCUUUCGCUGAAGCCUGGAGAGCGAAAGGGGUCAGUGCGCACCGACCCCUCUUGCUCUCCAGGCUUCAGGCAGCUAUCCGCAAGCUUUCGGAGUGCGGUGGGAGUUCCGACCGGGCUCCGAAGGCUUGCGGAUAGCAGCCUGAAGCCUGAAGCCCGGAGAGCGCAGCGCUGCGCUCCCCGGGCUUCAGCCAGCUACCCGCAAGCCUUCUGAGCGCGGCAGGAACUCCCGCCGGGCUCCGAAGGCUUGCGGAUAGCAGCCUGUUCUGGGGGCUGGGGUCGGGGGAAGCUCGUGCUUCCCCCGUCCCCAGCCCUGCAAGCUCUGGGAGCGGCGGAGAGGUUGUGCGCAAUCUUGCCACCCCUCCUGGACCUGUUCUGGGGGCUGGGAGGGGAAAUUUUAAAAAAAAUCUUCAUUUCCCCCCUAAAACCUAGGCGCGCCCUAUGGUCCGGUGCGCCCUAUGGAGUGAAAAAUACGGUAAUUCCUAUCUUUUGCACUUGCCCCCAAAUGAUCAGUCAACCUCUAAUAACUGGAAUUAAAAAGAGUACAGCUAUGAGUUAUCCAUGGACCUUUUCCCGAUUCCUCUUAAGCUACGUAAAGGAGAUAAUACUUCCAGAUAAUGGUUGAAACAGUACCUUCAAAGGCAGCCCCGUGUAGAGCGCACCACUCUGGCGAGACAGUCCACAGGCAGGGAGGGUCUCAUCCUGCGUACCAGAUGGAGCAAUGCAGGAAUGGUCUGUGGAUGAAGGGCAGCAUACAAAUUCAAUAAAUAAUAAUAAUAAUUCAGAAAUUGGGAUUCUUCAUACAUUAUACCGGCCUUUCUGAGCCUGAUGCCUUCCAGAUGUUCUGAACUACAAGCCCCAGCUAGCAUUGCCAGUUUGUCAAGGAUGAUGGGGGUUGUAGUCUAGAGCAUCUGGAAGACGCCAGGUUCGGGAAGGCUGCAUUUAUAGGGAAUGCUGAGGUACUAGAUGCAGUGCAGCCACUGCUGCUAUUUACGUUGAACUUUGCCUAAGAAUGCUUAGUUUAUUUUAUUGUUGACUUUCCUUUGCAUAUAUGUUUAUUUGUGUCAUUUAUAUUUUGUAUUUUUAUUAUAUUCAUUUUCUUAUUGUGCAAUGGUUGCCCAUUAUAUAAAAAAACUUUGAUAAUACAGAAUCUGAACGUCUUUUAAUCGCCAUGCAGACCCAUCACAUACGAUAAAAGCUGCGUUUUUUCUCUCUCUCUCUCUCUCUCUUUCUCUUUUAGGUCACCGACAUUUCACAGUUUUGUGAAAGUAGCACUUACAAAAAACCCAAAGAAGAGGCCCGCGGCAGAUAAACUUCUUACUGUAAGCCUGUUUUCUUUCUUUUUUGAAAGAUGAGAGUAAAAUCUCAUCCCCACUAGUGGAAUAAAUGUUCUGGCUUUCAGGGUACACUCCAAAGGCCUUGCAUACUUCUUUUUUAAAUGCUGUAAUGCGUGAUGAAUAUCGGAAACUUUCCAGGCAUGUAAAAAGCCUCUUGUUUUUACAAAAAAAAACAAAACCUCUGUGUUAAGAUUGUGCUGAGAUAAUUCCCUCCGCUACUAGAUGAAUCACGUUUUUUAAGUGUCUUAAAGACUUUAAGCAAACAGACAGACAGACACUAAAAAUCCCCAAAUUGACCCCUAGUGCAGAGGCUGUCAGAAAAGUGAAGAACUGGGAGAUUUUGCCUUGUUUGGAUGGAAGGCUAAACCAUGUUGCAUGUCCUGGACCAGCACUUCUUAAACUUCUGUUGCGCUGCAGGCUGCUGUUCCGGUUGGCAUGUGUUUUGGGGACAUUUUCUUGCCUUACAAUUGCCGCACGGAGACAGUGCUUGAAAGCCUUUUGAUAUAAAGCUCAGCCUCCUGUGCUUGGUCUGUGCUGCGCUCACAAUCCAUGCAGGGGAGAAGCUGCAGAGGCAACCUCAGAUUUCCACGCACAUGAAAAGAGAAACCUUUCUUUGGGGCCUGACUCUGCAGCAAGUCUUGCAGUGCUGAGGAAGCCAGCUGCCUUUUCAUUUAAGUUGUAAUAUGCAAACUUCAGCUUGCCUUAGAAAUCUUGAAGAAGCCACAUGUGAUUGCUCCAUUUAUUUAGUCAUUUAUUUAUUUUUAAUUAAAUUAGUUGCUUUCUCUUGGUCAAGGCAACUCUGAGCAACUUACAAACAAACAAAAAGCCCAAAUAGAAACAUUAAAACAAAGGUGUAAAAUACACUAAAAACAUAAUAAUUUUAUUAUUAAAACUAAAGAGGAGCCACUUCAUUGAUAAUAAUAGUAAUAAUAAUAAUAAUAAUAAUAAUAAUAAUAAUAAUAAUAUUUUAUUUGUAUUCCGCCCUCCCCAGCCAAAGCCGGGCUCAGAGCAACUGACAAGUAAAAAUAGCACAGUGUACAUAAAAUCACACAGUCAAUUAAUUAAAAUACAUUCUAAAAUCUUUCUAAGAAAGGGCAGCCAGGGAUGUCUAUAAAACAUAGUAAAAAGCUUAACCACAGUCAUGAAAUCAGCAUGUACCUCACACUUCUGGGAUAUUCUCUCAAAGAAUAACUAGGCAUAAUGUUUAUUAUUAUUAUUAUUAUACAUUUAUAUACUGCCUUUUCUUCUAAGGAGCUCAAGGUGGUGUGUGUGGUUCUCUUCCUCCCCAUUUCAUCCUCACAACCCUGUGAGGCAGGUUAGGCUGAGAGAUGGCAACUGGCUCAAGGUCACCCAGUGAGCUGAGUGGCGAGACUCGAACCCUGGUCUCCCAGAUCAGAGCCCAUCACUCUAACCCCUACACCCCACUGGCUCUCCUAAACACCCGAGGCGCAGCCUGGGGAAAGUUCCUGUUCGCAUGGGCAGCUAGCAGACGAAGGAUGAUAGCUUUGUGGUAGGGCUUUGGUUUCUGCGCAGAAAGUCCCUGGUUCUCUUCCCCAGCUUCUCCAGGGAGCUGAAGAGCCUCUGCUAGCCGGUGCAGACCAACGCUUGCCAAACUGGUGCCCACCGCAGCUGUGCUGGUGGGUCUUGAUGGGAGCCAUGGUCUAUCUGGAGGGCACCUGGUUAGCAAAGGCUGGCAUGGACAAGCAAGUCCUGAACUCGCCCUCUCAUUCUUUCCAUGUAUGUAUAUUUUUAGCAUACCUUCGUUGGGCAGCCUGGUCUCUCUCGGUCGCUGGCCGUCGAACUGUUGGACAAAGUGAACAAUCCCGACAACCCCCCUCAUUACGCCGAGGCAGAUGAUGACGAUUUUGAGGUGAGCGAGUCCCUCCUCUGGGCAGUUCCCUUGCCUUUAGGCUUCGUUCUCCCUUGGAACUGGUGAGCCGGGGAGUCCUGUGUAGGUCUUCAUUGUGGGGAGCUUACACGAGGGAAUGCUCCCUCCGUGGGGAAAAAACCAUAGAAUAGAAUCAUAGAAUCAUAGAAUCCUAGAGUUGGAAGAGACCACAAGGGCCAUCGAGUCCAACCCCCUGCCAAGCAGGAAACACCAUCAGAGCACUCCUGACAUAUGGUUGGCCAGCCUCUGCUUAAAGACUUCCAAAGAAGGAGACUCCACCACACUCCUUGGCAGCAAAUUCCACUGUCGAACAGCUCUCACUGUCAGGAAGUUCUUCCUAAUGUUUAGGUGGAAUUUUCUUUCUUGUAGUUUGGAUCCAUUGCUCCGUGUCUGCUUCUCUGGAGCAGCAGAAAACAACCUUUCUCCCUCCUCGAAGGAUGUCACAUAGAGGAGGGAGAAAGGUUGUUUUCUGCUGCUCCAGAGAAGCGGACACGGAGCAAAAACCCUUUUGCAACUAUGAACAUGCAGCCAUACGGUUAUGUGGGGCACCCCAUUUCCCUUUGGUGGGCAAUGAAACCUUGCAUGUGUCACUACCUCUAAUGUCUCCCUUUCUGAUUCCUGCAGCCACACCCAGUUAUUCGCCACACCAUACGCUCUACCAACCGGAACGUCAGAGCAGAGAGGACGGCGUCUGAAAUCAAUUGUGAGCUUCUCUAUUUUAUUUUAUUAUUUUAUUUUAUUUAUUUAUUAGCAAAAACAUACAUCUAUACAUACACUGAAUAAGACAUAACGGGGGUGCGGGGAGGAACACACACAAAAACAAAGGACAAAACAAAAAACAUUCCUUAAAAAUCAAUAGAAACUAAUCUUGCAGUAUUUGUUCUUAGACUGAUUUUGGUCUUUACUUAUGAAUUCUAAUAUUUGAAAAUCUAAGAUUUAUUUACUAAUAUAUUUAUAUCAUGCGAAAACAAAAAUUAAGAAAAAAUAAAGAAAGAAAGAACAACUAAAUCGACGUAACAGCUUUAACAAUAAAAAUACCUAUGUAUUGAUAAGUAUUACCUUUUCAUUUUGUUAUAUUAUUGACUUCCUUCUACCUCGUUACGGUUUCUGUUUGACCAUUCCUGUUUUUACCCUGUAUUUAAUUGUUUCAUCUUCAUUUUGGAGUGAAGAGAAAAUAUUUUACUUCACUUCUCCUCUAUUUUAAAGCUAAACGCUUGCCCCCUAAUUUAGCACCAGCCUAAGUGUUCAUUAUUACUCCAGGGGGUGUGCGUGUGAUGAUGAUGAUAAGGACGAUUUACUAGUCUCAAUAAUCCAUCUGUUGCCAAAAAGGUCUCCAAGAGACUUAGAUUUAAAAACUGCCUAUCACCUUCUAUGCAAAUAGUAGUCUGGGAUAAGAACUUGCAUCUUUCGGUUAUAUUGUCUGAACACCAGCUGCAAGGUUUGAGUGGGAUAGUUGAUUCUUUAUCUGUAUGAAAUAAUUUGUAAGUGUGUGUGUAGCUAUAGACAUAGAUUCAUUCAUAUGUUUUUUAAAUUGUAUUUUAAUCAACUUGUUUUUCUUAUUGGUUGUUAGCUGCCCUGAGCCCGGUCUUGGCUGGGGAGGGCAGGGUAUAAAUAAAAUUUAUUAUUAUUAUAUAAAAUUUAACCAACACCAACAAUUCUUUUAUACAGUGGACGCUUGGGUUGCAAACGUGAUCCGUGCGGGAUGCACAUUCGCAACCCUCGUCUGCACACACGCGGGUUGCGAUUCAGCGCUUCUGUGCAUGUGCGACCGCCGAAACCCGGAAGUAACCCAUUCCGGUACUUCCAGGUUUUGGGGGUCCGCAACCCAAAAAAACGCAACCUGAAGCAGCUGUAACCCGAGGUAUGACUGUAUAUGAAUGCACACACAAGCACACAGCUUUAGGAAGCUUUGGCAGCACAGUAAUAGCAGAACAAUACCAGCUCUGUCCAUCAAAGGCCUGGCAGGAAAGGUAAAUCUUCCCCUGGUGUGAAAAGGAUGCCAGCGAAGCCACCAGGUGGUCCUCACUGGAGGAGAGCAUUCCACAGACGGGGAUCCAGAAAUGGAAAGGAUGGAGCAAAGUUCUCUGGCCCAAGAGAACCUUCUAGGCAGGCUGCUCCCUGGGUUGCUCAUGAAGUAGUAGCUGUGUGCAAAAAAAUGCCAGCUCUGCCUCCUGACCUGUGUGCUGCUCUCCUCAAAAUCCCUCGACAACGUGUGGUUGAUCCGUAUUAUCGCCUCACCUUAAAAUGGAUUGAUAGGUUGAUUAAAAAAUAAAUUUAUAUGCUGCUAAAUCAUAAAAAUAUAUCAAAGGGCAUUACAACAUUAAAAAGAUAAAAAGCAUAAAAAAGUGUAAAAAAACAAACCCAAAUCAAUGCAAAAACAAUUUAAUAGCAAGAAAAGAAAAGAAAAAACUUUCAGACGGCAGGAGAUUCCUUCCCCUCUGCUUUUGGGCCAGGUGCCCACAAUCUCAAUUGUUUUAUUUUAGUCUCCAAAAGAAAUUGGUCGAGGAUCUUACCAUGGUUAAAAUCCUCUUUACGUUCCUUCUUCGCCUUCUUGCCUAACUUCUCUUAAAAGCAUGCCGUUCCAGAGGAAAGAGUUGGUAGUUGAUAUUCCUUCAAGCAGACACACUCCUUGCUAGUUUCAUUUUUGCAGGGGGGUAGUUCUUGGAAUCGCAGCCCCUCAUAAAGGGUGGCGUUUCAGAAGAGAGUGUUUCAAACCGAAAACAAACCCCUCUACCUUUUCAGGCAUGUUAAGAGGAAGUAUUGUUUAAUUGUCCGAUAAUAAAACUUUUUAAUAGGCUCUUCUAAGCCACUUUGAGUCCCUGUCAGGGAAGAAGGUGGGGUAUAAUUAAAUAUAUCAUCACCAUCUAAGUGGCUUAUAUUAAUAACUUUGAACAUUUUUGCUAUGCCAUGGGACAUUGCAGUUGGAAAAAAAGCCUUGUAAAAGUUUUGUUUAUAAAGUUGUAAAUGCCUCAUGUCUUUCAGUUGACAAGCUGCAGUUUGAACCGCCUCUUCGGAAAGAAACAGAAGCGCGAGAUGAAGUGGUACGGAUUUGUUUUAUUUUUAUUUUUUAUUUAGUGUUUAUAUAUACCACUUCAUAUCUCUAUAGAAAUCUCUAGAUGAAUUCACCACAUGCUACAUGCACACACACGUCCCCCAGGGGUUUGCAGAACGCAGAUUGGGAUCUACUGGUAGAUCCCUGGGUGAUCUGCAGUAGAUUGGAAAGGGUUUCUGACUCCCAGUUUUAAGAAGAGCAAGAGCAAAGGAGCUUUUCCCACCUGUGCUAAGCUGAUGAAAUGAAAAAGUUGACCAGGAAGAACUGGGAGCUCACUUCAGUUUCGGUACUGCUCAGAAUGAACUCAGAGGCACUCUUGUUCUUUAAUUCUAGUUGUAUGUCGUUUGUACUUGGCUCUGAUUGGCAGAUUUUGGGAUUCUAGUUAAAAAACAACAACAAAUGUAGAUCCAGCCAGUCUGAAGUCUGCCCACCCCAAUGUAUCGUGUUGAACAGUCUUGGCAGAUCUCAGAAUAAAUUAAUGCCGGUUUGUCCAAAGUGCCAUGUGAAGUGGAGGUUCUUGCUUACCUCCCAUGGUUGUGUCUGCGCUCCAGUUGAAGCAGGUGGGCGUCCUGCACUUCAAAAGGUUGAUAACAUCCUCCAUUUCCAUCACCACCCCUACCACCUACCAGAAGCAUCCAGUCUUCUCCCUCCACAUUGGGCUGGACACCCGCACAGGUCUUCUCUAUCACCUCCUGCGCUGGAGCUCAUUUGUUGUUGUUUAGUCAUUUAGUCGUGUCCGACUCUUUGUGACCCCCUGGACCAGAGCACGCCAGGCACUCCUGACUUCCACUGCCUCCCGCAGUUUGGUCAAACUCAUGCUGGUAGCUUCGAGAACACUGUCCAACCAUCUCGUCCUCCGUCGUCCCCUUCUCCUUGUGCCCUCCAUCUUUCCCAACACCAGGGUCUUUUCCAGGGAGUCUCCUCUUCUCAUGAGGUGGCCAAAGUAUUGGAGCCUCAGCUUCACGAUCUGUCCUUCCAGUGAGCACUCAGGGCUGAUUUCCUGAAGAAUGGAGAGGUUUGAUCUUCUUGCAGUCCAUGGGACUCUCAAGAGUCUCCUCCAGCACCAGAAUUCAAAAGCAUCAAUUCUUUGGCGAUCAGCCUUCUUUAUGGUCCAGCUCUCACUUCCAUACAUCACUCCUGGGAAAACCAUAGCUUUAACUAUACAGCAAAGUGAUGUCUCUACUUUUUAAGAUGCUGUCUAGGUUUGUCAUUAUUUUUCUCCCAAGAAGCAGGCGUCUUUUAAUUUUGUGACUGCUGUCACCAUCUGCAGUGAUCUGAUACUGGCUUUCAAAGGCCACAUGCAUAUUUCAGUGUAAAUAAGUAUAAAAAUAAUGAAGACUUUAGGGCUCCUAGUUCAAGGUGACGCCAGUGAUAGCCUCAAGCCCACCUGUGGCCUUUGGCUAUGCGGCGGUUGAGGCCUGGCGUUGGGCUGGUCCCCAGUCUGUGCCACGCCUUUCCUCGCGUACAUUUCCCAGACCAGAAGCAGAACGGAGCAGAUCCAGAAAACGCUGCACCUGAAGCAGAGCCAGGGAAUAGGGCCUGAAUGCGGAUUGUAUUAUAGUGGGGUGCCCUCAUUAGAUGUUAGCUGGAGACAUUUCUCAACUGAAUGUUCUCCCCUCUGCAGGUGGUGGCAUCUGGCGCACACUUCGCUUCACACUGGAAUCCUUUUGUUGAUGGCGGAAGCUGCGCCAAGUAAGUAUGCCUGGCUUCAUUGUGAAUAAAUGAUCAACACUCUGCAUUUCAAGGUUACCACCCACUUGGGAGGAAAAAGGGGGGUGGGGGCUGGAUGAACUGGGCAUGUCAGGCUUUUGAGUGAGUUCUGCAGGACAGACAGGGCCUUUAAAAAAAAUAAAAAUAAAAAAUACGUUUUUACUGUGGGAUUUUCCUUAAGUAACAAAAGUACCUUUCGUAUCUCUGUUUUUAAACCGUAGAAUCCUUCAUACAAAUCCAUUGCAGUCAGUUUGAGACAUUUUUGUUGCAGGUAAUGUGGGGGUGAGGGGGAAAGAGAGGAGAGAGAAUAAAGAGUGUAUGGAUGGACUUUGUCAGCAUCACGUGGAUAGGUGUCCUAUUUUUGCUGGUGGAGCAAGAGGUCAGCGGGACCCCGGUGUGGUUGGUUGCAGUUGAUUGAUUGCAGUGUGUUGUGUGUUUUUUUUGGGGGGGGGUUGCUGGAAUAGGUUAGCCAUAUUGAUUUGUAUGUUGUUGGGGGGAUCAGUCAUUGUCUUGUUGGGCUGUGUAUGUGAUAAAGGGGAGCCACAUGGGGGUGAAGGCAUCCUCCUUUGUCCCUGUGAUAGUUUCACUCAAUCAGUUAGUUAGUUAGUGAGUCAGGGCAGUUUCCUGUAGAGUUUGGUACCAGUGGUCCAUAUCUGGUUAUGACGCUCCUAGCUGCUCAGAGUAAGUGACAUUCAUUCUUUGUCAGAUAGAAACUUUAUUCGCGUUAGCCAAUGGCCAUAGCAACAAUAAAACAUUACAAUAUACACAGAAGAAAGGAAAUUUAGUAUAAAAGCACAGUUUAGGGUCCUGAAUCAGCAGUCAGAUUGUGGCCCUUAUUCUGAUUGCCCCUGCUAAGAACCUAGCAACCUUUGCUGUUAUCUGCUCUGUUUGGUCUGACAGGAGAAAGGACACUGUGGCAGUGGUUGUGUGUCCUGGGAUGGGGUGAGGAUCUCGUUCCUCAGGUCUUUGUAGAGAGUGCAAGACAGGAGGACGCGAGCCACUGUUUCGGUGCACCCGUCUCCACAGGGGCAAAGAUGUUUCUCAUGUGGGAUCUUUUGGAAUUGGCCCUCAAGUACCGCAGAUGGCAAAACGUUCAGUCUUGCGAGUGUGAAAGCACGUCUGUAUUUUGGGAUAGCUAAUUUGUGCAGGUAUGGAGCCAGAGAAUCAAAAUGGGAAGACUGAAACUGAUCAUACCGUGGGCAGAAUUUCCUUAUAGCGGCCAGGUUGUUCUGAUGCUCGAUACCUUUUAGACAUUGACAAAUUAGACUGUUUGCUUUGGUUAGGCCCAUAGUUAGGCCCUUUGUCAAGUGAGUGUGCAUUCUUGGGCAGAUGUGGCCCUUGUGGGCCUGCCGAGAUGCAGGUGGAGGGCUUUGCUCUCGCUGGACUCGGUUGGCAGCAUGACAUGGCGACCCUCUGCCAUUUUCUUGCCUCUCCUGUCACACUUAGGAUGUGAGUGUGAACGCACAUGAGUCUCACUGCACCCUGACCAUCAUGCUGCUCCAGACCAGCUUUGUGGUGUGGUCAGAUUUCUGAGAGCUUCACUCAAGCCGUAUCUUGGUGUGUGGAGAAGGGGUAGGGGAAUCGCCCAUGCUGCAGCUUAGAUGUGGCUGCACCCCACAAAUGACCUAAUCUGGGGUCUGUGUGAUUUCUGAUGGGUGGGACAACAGGGGGAAGGAACGUUUGAAAUAAGUAACUCCCAUUGCCUCAGGGUAAUGAGCUGGUAGUCUUUGGGCGCUGUUAAGUGUGGCUGCAGAAUGAGUAGACUGGAUCACUGGGCAGAAUGUGGCCGGGGAGGUUCUGAGGCACAAGGCCUGUUUGACGGCGGGUGGGGCCCCUCUGUUCAGUGCCGUUUGCAUUUACUGCCUCAGGCCAUGCUUCGUGCAGCUGCUCCAGAGUUUAUUGAAGCAACAGCUGCCCAUCUCAGCUUUCUCCCAACCUGGUAUCCUCCAGAUGUUUUGGGCUUCGAUUCCCGCUCGGCCCAGCCAGCACAGCUGAUGGGAGAUAUUGUCUGGAACAUCUGUAGGGCACUGGGUUGGGGAAGGCCAGGGCAUCCCUUUACUGCCUCUGUGAUUUUAAAUCCCUUAGAACAGUCUAGCGCUAAAAAAACCCCCUGACAUAAGCAACUUCGUGGUAUUGCAUUCCUGUGUCUCUCUGCAGCCGCAAAGGCCAGCAAGUGUCUUUUGCAAGCCAGGAUUCCCCCAGGUUACCAUAAGGAAACCUCGAGCGCCGCAAGUUGCUUGUGCUGGAAUGUGAAGGAGCCCAUGGAAGCGAAAUACCUUUGCCUUAAAAGGCCUUCUCUGCUCUGGCUCCCUUGGCCGUACAGCACAACUUGUGUUGCUUUUGGGGGAGCUGUUCCCUGAAUGCCUUCCUCUUCCUUCUCCUGGUAAAGGCCUGCUCUCCUUUGGCCAGCCGGCUGUACAGCUGUUUCCACAAUCACUCACUAAGCACCAUUAAUGUACAUGACACUUCUUGCGUAGCAACCCCCCCCCCCCCGAAGAAGCCAGGCUCCCCACCAUAAGCGGCUUCGAAUUUAAUUUUUUACCAUGGGGGGAGCACAACUGUGCUGGGGGGAGAGAAAGGACAAAUGUGAACAAAUGCAUUCCUAUGUACUUGGGAUUCUUUUCAUUUGAAGGUCUUUGUGGGUACCCACUUGGCAGAUUUCAAUUCUGUCUCCCGGUCUUCUCUGGCAUGUGUCCAAACAGGAUGCUGGAGUAAGUGGGUCCUCUUUGGCCUGAUCCUGCAGCCAGCCUCGCCUUAUGCUCUCAAGUUCUUAUCUUCUCUGGUUGUAAAUAUCCACAGUCGUUUUGUAGGUCCUGCCUUCUGUUGAACGAAGAGGUUUUGCCUUGCCUUUCCCCUCCUUUCUCCCCACUUUUCUUUCCUCUUCCCCACCUCCUUUCCUUUUCUACCGUGCUUUUCUCUAUGGCCAAAGCUGUUAAAUCCUUGCAUGUACAACCAGGCUGGCGUUUUCUGCGCUGGCUUGUAGGACCAGGCAACUGAUAAGGAGAGGAGCAUGCAGGAAAUGCGGGGCUUCUGGCGUCGCAUCUGGCAUUUGCUGCGGCUUUGGGCGUGAUCGGAGCUGGCUUGGACACAGCUGCAUUCCAGGCAGCUGCAGAGGAGCCCAGAUCACCACAUCACAGUCACCUGGGCAGACGAAGCCGGGUUGCUCAUGGUCCCAAACCCCCAAAGAGAGGGAGCAUAUCUGCCCCUCCAGCAGAGGGUCACGUUCUGCUCAGCGCCGUAAACAGGAAAUGCUUGGGGUUUUUGGAGGCUUGGAAGGCUGGAUAAUGUCACUGCCGCGCAGAAAGAAAAAGGAGCUGUGGCUUUUGGGCCGCUUUCCGUCCUCUUGGGCUCGUCCAGAAAAAACACAGCGCUGAUUUAUGGCCUCCGUCAAGGGGUCAGCUCUGUGUGAAAGGUCCGUCGUGGCCUGCCAGCCUUCUGCUGGAGGGAUAUUUGCUUUAAAGCUGCAUAAACAUAAAGUUGUAUGCGGAUGAUCGUAUUGCUCGAUUGCUUUCCCCCUGUCUCUCCCCACACUCCCCCAAAAUAAUUACAGAGGGAGAGAGCUCUCCAGAUCUUUUUCCAGUGUUGCACAUAUGAAUUUUCCCUGUCAUGGGUCUGGCUCUUGAUCUAUUUAGCCCAGGGCUGAAGCAUCCAAGGUUUUCUGGAGAGCUUUUAUUCUCCAGCCUGGAUAUUUUUUUUACUGGGGAGAUCAGGGAUUGAACCUGAGGCUGUGUGUGCAAAUCAUGUUCUCUGCCACUGAGCGAUGGGCCCGAUCCUUUUUUUGGAGGGGAGGAGAGGAAUGCCUAUUUCCCCUGUCCCUUCAGGAACAUUUUUUUAAAGCCAUUCCUAAACCCUCUUUAUUGUUCCUCCAUCACCAUGACUCCGCCCAUUCCCAUUCAUUGUGGGCCCCAGACCUGGGCCAGUCGCCAGAAAUAAUGUGGUCGUGGGAGGGCCUAAGAGAACACUGGGAGCAUUGUAAGUCAGCGAGAGACAGCCUUGACCUGAAGGCAAGAACUUAGAAGACGUUUCAUUCGAAGUUACCGGAUUUUGCGUUUCAGAGCACUAGUAACCCGGGAGGGCGAGGGAGAGCGCCUGCUCAUCCCAUUGCUUAUUUGUUUAAAACUCUGUGGGUUUUUUAUUUAAAAAUAAAUAAAUUCCGAGACUUUAUUGUGACGUUAAAGUAGAAAACAUGUAAUAAAACAGAGAAGGGUGCAUAAAGGAGUACCAAGAAAUGAAACCAAAGCAAACCAGGGUUCACAGCCAUUAGCUCAUAAAAUAAAGUACAUUCUCGUGAGAGACUACACCAUUGAGUUAGACAUCGCAACCCAAAAUGGCCUGAUACAGAAACGGGACAAAACAAACAUUUUGAAUACCAAAUAAAGCCGUAUUUUAUCCGUGGAUGGAGGGGGCGAGAGAGAGAAUCCUUGUGAUUCAUUUCUGUAAUGCUACUGAACGCAGAAAGUGCUUUGCACUUGAGAAGUUUGGGACCGGCCCUUCCUUGGUGUUCUCUUCUUUCUGUAAUAUACCAGCUUUGAACUGUAAAUAAAGCAAUAAAGAGUAUGCAGCACGUAUUCUCAUCCUUCCGUUGGGCACGACAGACUCUGCUUAAAUCAACACGUGGUUAUGGGCCCAGAGGUCGAAUCGGAGUGCCGGCAAAGGAUCGGAAUGCAGAAGGACAGAUCGGAAUCUGCUCUACGCGUAGAAGUGAUUGAUGAGGUAUGUGCUACUGCUCCGGGCAGCCUGCCAGCUUCAAGAUAAUGGCUUUAUGGCUGGACUUUGAACUUUUAAAGCCGGUUUUGCAAAUAGGCAAAAGGCUCCCAGGCACAAGUCACUAUGCUGGGAAAUCGAAAGUAACUUUUAAGUGUGCCUUUGUGAUAAGGCAGCUGCAGCAGUGACGCAGCAAGAUUUAAAGCAGCAUAGAUAUGACGCUGAAGGCUAAUGCCAGAGUCAUGAUGGCCCUUCAGGAUGCUUGUGGGAUUCCUAAGCUCAACAAGAAUAAUUACAGCGACUGGGUUCAGUAUGCAGAGGCAAUUCUGCGGAAAGAGGGUUUGUUUGAGGUGAUUACAGGCACACCCCCAGUUCCAGUUACAGAUGCAUGGGAAGCUAAGGAUUCCAAAGCAAGGGGAACUCUUACAUUGAUAGUAUCCCCAGAAGAGCUCUGUCUAUUGCGUGAUAAGACCUCAGCCAGAGAAAUUUGGGACGCUCUGAGAGAGACUCACUUAAGGACAGAAGCUGGAUCCACUAUGUUUUAUUUUAACAAGCUGCAUAAUAUGGCUCUUGCUGAAGGUGGAGAUGUGCGUUUACAUCUGAUGCAGAUGCAAAAUCUGAGACAUGAGCUGCAACAGAGAGGACUCAACUUUCCAGAGGCUGUGUAUUCUUUCAUGAUACUACAAUCUUUGGGUUCAGGUUGGGAGUCUGUUGCAACCCAGAUUGCUGUGCAACCAACUGCUCAGCUGACAGUGGACUUUGUUACUGCCGUGAUUUUAAAUGAAGCAGAUCGCCGGGUGCUAGCUGCAUGGGCAAGGGGGAGUCUUCACAGACGUCAUCCCAUAGUGCAGUGGAACCACCAGAUGGCGCCAAAGCUUUGAAGGCAGUAAAAUGCUACUCGUGUGGACGUCUAGGCCAUAUAAAGAGGGAAUGCAGACAUCCCAGGGCCAAGACAGAGCAGCGCAGCGAAGCUCAUCGCGCGGAAAAGGCCGAGGCAAAGGCAAAGGUCCGGUGUCUAGGACAACGCAGCACAAGGCUAUGGUUUCACGCUUCACUCCAAAGGUUGCAGAGGUCCAGAAGACGUCUAGAUCUUUCUUCGUUGUUGAUUCAGCGGCCACCCACCACAUGUGCAACGAUAAGAAACUGUUUGUGUCUUUUACACCGCAGGAAGGUGCGAUUCACCAGGCGGAUGACCACACUAUUCCCAGUAAAGGCUACGGAACUGUUGUUCUUCACAGUUUGGACUUAUCGAUACAGAAUGUGCUUUACGUGCCAGACGCCAAACAUAAUCUGCUCAGCGUUGGACAGCUGAAUGAGCGGAACAUUGACGUUUCCUUCAAGAACAAGAAGUGCAUCAUCACAAAGAAAAAUGAUUAUGUAUUGCAUGCAGAAUAUGUUGAUCAUUUGUUUGUUUUGUAUUAUGAUGAUGUGGUGCAGGAUGACACUUGUUGCAUUGCAGGUUCUAACAAAAGUUUGCAUGCAGAAUGUAUUCACGCUUUUCAUCGCAAAUUUGGUCAUUUGCAUUUUGAGGCAGUAUCUAAAAUGCCUGCCUUGGUUGAAGGUAUGACUAUUAAACCCUGCAGGUACCACAUGAAGUGCAAAGCAUGCGCAGCAAACAAGGUGAAAAUGGCUGCGAAAGGUAAGGUGUCUAGUAGGAAAGCUACAGAACCAUACCAGGUUGUUCAUGCUGAUUUGGUUGGACCACUUGCGCCCUCUUUGGGUGGAAAUAGGUACUUCAUGGUUCUCAUUGAUGCAUUUUCUAGAUAUAUUUUUGUGUACAAUCUCAAGCAGAAAUCGGAGGCUUUUCCUAGGUUCAAGGAAUUCUGUGCUUGGUUGGAAAAUGUGCAUGGUAAGAAGAUAAAGACUCUUUUCAGUGAUCGCCGGGGAAAUUCACUUCUCAGCAGUUUGAAGCUUUUCUGACUGAGAAAGGAAUUCAACACGAUUUGUCUAGUCCUCGCUCGCCAUGGCAGAAUGGACUUGCGGAGCGGGCAAAUCAGACAUUGCUUCAAGGGUUAAAAACCUUGCUGCAUGAUGCCAAUCUUCCAGAGAGUUAUUGGGCCGAAUCUCUCUCGUGUUUUGUUUACAGUUACAAUCGCAGGUUAUCUUCAGCGAUUGGGUGUACCUCUAUGAGAAGAUGUUUGGCAAGAAGCCAUACAUCAAACACAUGAAGAUUUUUGGUUCUGACAUGUGGGUUCGCUCACCACAAAACUCCAAGUUAGACAAGCGUGGAUUGCAUGGUAUCUUUCUAGGUUAUCAGAAAGGGUCUUACAGAAUAAUGAUGACUGACUCUAAGACAAUUAAGCUCACGAGAAGUGUUGAGUACAAUGCAAAGUGGGGGAGAAUGUGGGAAUUUUCCAAUGUUAUCCUGAUGACGGUGAUGAGACUGAGGAUAGUCAAAAGCAACCACAACAGCCCACACCCACUGAUGAAGGUUCUGAGUCUGAAUCUGAAACUGAAUCGGGUGAUUCAGAGGAUUUCAAGAGUGCGAAAGCCUCUAUGCGACCCUCUGAAAGCUCUGAUCAAGAAUUGGAGGAACCAUUGUUCACAAUAGGUCGUUUUUCUCCUAAGAAGGAAGAGGAGAGUGUUGAAGACUUAAGGCUAAUUCGUAGGUCACAGAGAGCAACAACAGGCAAACCUCCAAAGAGAUUGGCUGAUGAGUUUGCUAAGAUAGCAGUAACAGCUGUUAAAAGCUCCAAGAAGGUAUUUGAACCUUCAAGUUUCCAAGAAAUCCAGGGUUUGGAUUCAAAGGAAGCUGAGCCAUGGUUAAAUGCCAUGAAGGCUGAGCUUGAUUCCUUAGAAAGGAACAAAACAUGGGAGCUAGUUCCAGUAGUUCCAGGAAUGAAACUGCUUGGAAGCAAAUGGGUCUUCAAAGCGAAGACAGAUCAAAAUGGCAAGAUAGUCAGACACAAAGCCAGAUUGGUAGCCAGAGGUUUUGCACAGGUACCAGGUGAAGACUAUCACGAGACCUAUUCACCCACAGUGAGAUAUGAAAGCAUUAGGCUUAUGCUUAAGCUAGCUGCAGAGGAAAAUCUACACAUUAGUCACCAUGAUAUUAAUACAGCUUUUCUGUACGGAUCUCUAGAUGAAUCACUUUAUAUGCUUCCACCUGAUGGCGUACAGGUAAAACAGGGAUUUGUUUGUGCUCUGAAGAAAUCCCUUUAUGGUCUCAAACAAAGUGCACGGUGUUGGCACACAAAACUCACUGAAGUAUUGUUUUCUCUAGGUUUUCAGCAAGGAAAGCUGAUCCAUGUGUAUUUGUCAAAGAGGAGGGGCAAAAGAAACUGUACUGUUUGUUUUAUGUUGAUGAUUUGUUAUUCUUUUGGAAAGAUGUUGCAAUGUACAAUAGCGCCCUAGCUCAACUAAAAGAGCACUUUGACAUGAAAGAUCUUGGUGAGGUAAACAACUACCUAUCUCUGGAAAUAGAGAGAGAUCAAGAUGGUAACAUUCUAGUACACCAGUCACGGAAAAUUGCUGAUGUGUUAAGCAAACUAAAUCUGAUGGAUGCUAACCCUGUAGACACACCGAUGACAACAGGUUAUCAGGUAGAUGACACUGAAGAAGCAUUUUCUGACACUACACUGUACAGGAGUGUGCUAGGCAAGCUAAACUUCAUUGCCAGAUGUUCAAGACCAGACAUUGCUGUUAGCUGUAAUUUGCUAAGCAGACAAGUCAACAAUCCUAGUGUCAAGGAUUGGAAAGCUCUGAAACGCAUAGCGCGGUAUUUGAAAGGCACUAUGCAUUACAGACUGAGAUUUAACAAUCAGAAGUCUGGUGGUCUUGAGAUAUUUGCAGAUGCAAGUUUUGGAAGUGACACUACAGACAGGAAAAGUACGUCUGGAGUUUGCUACAUGUACAAUCAGAGUCUGUUUGAUUGGUCAUGCAAGAAGCAAACAACAAUUAGCUUAAGUACUUGUGAAGCUGAACUGAAUGCACUGUCUUAUUCACUUAAGGAUUGUGAAUGGUUAGUACAAUUGUGCAAAGAUAUGAAAAUUCCUGUCAAAUGUCCAAUCCAGGUUUACCAGGACAACAAAGCAUGUUUGGCUUUGCUGAAGUCUGAAGGUUGUAAGCAAAGCACAAAGCACUUGCCCAUCUCUGGAGCCCUGGGGAAGCCAUUGGGUGAGGGGCGUCCUCAACUUCCGCUUGGGAGGCCAAUGGGCAGGCUUGCUUCCGGAGGAGGCGAUGUCAGCCCUUCCCUCUGUAGCUCAGUGGCAGAGCAUUGGAUCUGCUUGCAGGAAGCUCCGGGUUCAGCCCACGGCAGCAUCUCCAGGCAGGCCUGGGAUUGUCCACUGCCUGAAGCCCUGGAGAGGCGCUGCCAGCCAGUGUAGACCGUGCUGGGGUAGACGGACCAACAGUCUGACUCAGGGUAAGGCAGCUUCCGGUGUUUCUCUCCUCCCUGCAGUGGGGGCCUAGUACCUAAAAUAAUAAUAAUAAUAAUAAUAAUAAUAAUAAUAAUAAUAAUAUUUAUUUAUACCCCGCCUUCCCCAGCCAAAGCCAGGCUCAGGGCGGCUAACACCAGUAAAAUUACAAUAAAAACAUAAUAGGGGAAAGAAGAAGAAAAAACCAUUUAAAAUACAGGUUAAAAUGCAAUUUAAAAUGCAGCCUUGUUUUAAAAGUAGCCCAUGGAUCAAAACCAUAAAGGGAGGGAAAACAUAAGGGUCAGAUUACCUGUUGCAUUAUUGCUGUUGUUUGUAGAGUUGGAAGGGACCCUGAGGAUCAUCUAGUCCAACCAUCUGCAAUGCAAGAAUAUGCAGCUGUCCCAUACAGGGAUCGAACCUGCAACCUUGGCAUUAUCAACACCAUGCUCUAGCCAGCUGAGCUAUCCAGACUGCCUCUGUUGCUAUUAUUAAAUGUAUAGCUCACCUUUCCUCCAAGGGAGCUUAAGAUGACAAACAUGGUUCUCUAGCUCCCCCUGUUAUUACUGGAGGGACACGAGUGGCGCUGUGGGUUAAACCACAGAGUCUAGGACUUGCCGAUCAGAAGGUCGGCGGUUUGAAUCCCCGUGACGGGGUGAGCUCCCAUUGCUCGGUCCCUGCUCCUGCCAACCUAGCAGUUCGAAAGCACAUCAAAGUGCAAGUAGAUAAAUAGGUACCGCUCCGGCAGGAAGGUAAACGGCGUUUCCGUGCACUGCUCUGGUUCGCCAGAAGCAGCUUGGUCAUGCUGGCCACAUGACCCGGAAACUGUCUGCAGACAAACGCCGGCUCCCUCGGCCAAUAAAGCGAGAUGAGCACCGCAACCCCAGAGUCGGUCACGACUGGACCUAACGGUCAGGGGUACCUUUACCUAUAUCUGAAGGAGCGUCUCCACCCCCAUUGUUCUACCCGGACACUGAGGUCCAGCACCGAGGGCCUUCUGGUGGUUCCCUCCCUGCAAGAAGUGAGGUUACAGGGAACCAAGCAGAGGGCCUUCUCGGUGGUGGCACCCUCCCUGUGGAACGCCCUCCCACCAGAUGUCAAAGAGAAAAACAACUACCAGACUUUUAGAAGACAUCUGAAAGCAGCCCUGUUGAGGGAAGCUUUUAAUGUUUGAUGUAUUACAGUAUUUUAAUAUUUUUUUGGAAGCCGCCCAGAGUGGCUGGGGAAACCCAGCCAGAUGGGUGGGGUAUAAAUAAUAAAUUAUUAUUAUUAUUAUUAUUAUUAUUACCCUCACAACCGCCCCAUGAGGUAGGCUCAGCUGAGAGACAGCAACUGGGCCGAUCUCACACCCAGUGAGCUUCAUUGCUGAGCGGAGAUUCGAACCCUGGACUCUCUGCUCCCAGCCUGGCACUCUAAUUUUCCUAGUGGCAGUUGCAAAGAGUGCUGCACUCCAGGUCACAUACUUAUCUGUGUCUGCGAGGAGAUAUGAAAUCAUGUCAGAGGGGUUCUGGCCAGGGGACCCUGUCAUUAUAGGUGCUAAAAAUCGUUCUCUUGCUUCAUUAUAUAAGGGGCAGCGCAGGAUAUAAUGCAUAAGGUCCUCUACUUCAGGACAUCCAGCCUUGACAGAUGCAGCUAUGGAUUACAGUAGCAUUUUCAUUCUUUAAAUCCGUGAUUCUCAAACCUGGGUUCCCUGCUGCUGCUGGACUACAACUCCCAUCAUCCCUAGCUAGCAGGGCCCAGCGGUCAGGGAUGAUGGGAGUUGUAGUCCAACAACAGCCAGGGACCCAAGUUUGAGAAAGAACGGCUCAGUCAGGCUAAAGAAAGUCAGGCGGGAUUAGAGAGCGGUUGUCACACGGUCUUAAGCCAGCAAAGUGCCACCCAGGACUUCAGGUAUGUGAAGAAUCCCUUUGUCAUCAGUGCUGAUGGUUUUGUACAGAAUUUCAGAAGCUUCUGGGGUCUCCUCCUGAGAUUGAUUUUCCCCACAUAGCUGCUCUACAGAUCACAAUCCUGGAGUCUAAGCCACAGGUGCUCUUCAGUCCUACUACCCCAGUCUAAAUUUUAUUUUUUUAAAAAAAUAAAAUAAUUUUAUCAACGUUUUAUCUAGGGGGCUUCUUACCAAAUUUGGCGACGGCCACGAAGAUGCUGAGGAGUGAGUGAUUUCUUUCUUGACGUUUGACUUUCCUCUCUCUCUCUCUCUCUCUCUCUCUCUCUCCUUUGCUACCUAACAGAGUUGGCUUUCUUUAACAAUGUCUCAGUCGCCCUUGGAGACCCUAAAGGGGCUGGUUCUUCUCCUGAGUGGGCUGGGAAACCCUGUCUUCCGUUUCAGCCCAGCCUUUCUAAACUGUUCUUCAUUCAGAGAGUACCUGAGAUGUUUAAAGCAGUUGGAAUCAUCGAAUUGUAGAGUUGGGAGGGACCCCAAGAGCAAUUAAACACAGUGUAGAGCAAUAAAACACAAUGCAGAUCAUAAAACAACAUAAAAACCAAACACCAUUUUAAAAAAAUCCAUAGAAGUAAAAUAUACUGAUUUGGGAAGGCCUAGGGAGUAAAGGACGCGGGUGGCGCUGUGGGUAAAACCUCAGUGCCUAGGACUUGCCGAUCGCAUGGUCGGCGGUUCGAAUCCCCGUGGCGGGGUGAGCUCCCGUCGUUCGGUCCCAGCUCCUGCCCACCUAGCAGUUCGAAAGCACCUCAAAGUGCAAGUAGAUAAAUAGGUACCGCUUUAUAGCGGGAAGGUAAACGGUGUUUCCAUGUGCUGCUCUGGUGCCGGUUCGCCGGAGCAGCUUCGUCACGCUGGCCACGUGACCCAGAAGUGUCUGCGGAUAGCGCUGGCUCCCGGCCUCUAGAGUGAGAUGAGCGCACAACCCUACAGUCUGUCAAGACUGGCCCGUACAGGCAGGGGUACCUUUACCUUUACCUUAGGGAGAAAAGGAGAGCUUUAAGUAAACAUUGAAAAUAUAUAACAAUGUUUGGACUUCCUUCACUUCUGAGGGAAGAGGGUUCCGGAGAACGUGAUGCCUUUUCUGCCUCCACGCACAGAAGGGAGCAUUUUGGCUCUGGGCAGGAAGCUUCUCAGGGUUCUCUUGCUUCCCACCUGCAAUGCGAUGCCGGUGCCGUGUUCAUUCGGUUUCCGUGUGCAAUCCUUUCAAAAAGUGUAGCUCGCUUUGCAAAAUUCCAUGACGCCAUCUGCAGAGCUAUUAACACAUUGUCCCACCAAAAAUAUGUUCUCCUUCCGAUGGCUUUUCUUUUUAAUUGCCAUCUGGCAGAAUAAUUAUGAAAAAUCGAAGAAUGGCAAGGCUGGAGUAAUUAUAGGGUGUGCUUUCUCUGUGCUUAAAAAACAACAACACCCCAAAACUUUGCAUUAUGCUAACUGCAGUUCAGUCCUGUGCAGAGUUUUCAAACCACAUGUAGUGAAGAGAUCAGAAUUGUGCGAGUUUACAGAUCGCAGGAUUUGUGGGGGUGGCCAUAUUCAGAUUUGGCAGGGGGAGAGGGAAGAGGGGUGGGACAGACAGUCACAGUCCUGAUCUCGUCACCGUACCUUAGUCCCAGGUGUCUGUAGGACUUCCUGCGCCAAAGAAAAACUAAGAUCAUGCAACCUGUAUAAGUCAAGCACAUCUUCCCCAUUGAAGCUGGAUUUUGGAAGUUUCAGGGCAGACAAAAACAGAAAAAUCCUUCACUCUGCACAUAGUUAAACUCUGCAGUUCGCUCCCAGAAAAUGUAGGGAUAGCUACCAACUCACAGAGAGAGCCUUGUUGGGCAGUGAAGGUGUGCAUCUGAGAAACCCCAGAGGGAUUUGAGAGGCUGCUCGCAUUUUCAGGGCCUUGCAGAAGUGAAACAUUUUCUGGUGUGUGACAGAUACUGACGGGAGGAGAGGGAAAACCCCACCGAGAAGGGUUGUCUUCCACCAUGUGUUUUAUCCUGCUGGUUUUCCGCUGUCUUCACUAACACCCCUCCUUUCAAAAGUGACUUUCUGCAACCAGAGGCUCUGGUUUUGGAAAAAUGAAACGAUAGCCUUGCCAGCCAGCUAACCUUCCUUUUGAAAACCUGCGUGCACAUCAAAGCCGGGUGGGAAGGAAUACCAUUUUCGUUGGCUUUUCUUCUCGUUUCUUUUUAGAUCAACGCUGAAAAGGGGAGGACCCCCUCCGCUACCUCCAAAGGUGAGCGAACGCCGCAGCCACAUGAUGUGUUCUUCCGGGCUGGAAUGCUGAAAGUGUGUGCGUGAAGUGUACUGAACCGGUUAGCAAAGAGAGGGGGCAGACCAGUGGGGUAGAACAUGGGGCAAAAGAGGGCAGGGGGCAGGAGGAGAAGCCGAGCUUUGCUGCAUGUGGCAUUUCCUCCAGGCCAGCUAUUGAGGAAGGGGAGCACUAGUACAUCAGAUUGCAAAGCAGCUGCCAUCUGCAGACUCCAUUGGCAGAACCGGUGCUCUUAACGUAACACACAUUCUGCAUUUCUAAGAACUCGAUCUUUUUGUGUGGCGGCACCUGCACUGCGGAACUCCCUGCCUCUUGAUACCGUACCCUGUUCAACACCUGCUGAAAACAUUCAUGUGUAGAGAUGCCUAUCCUGGUGUUUAGAAAGCUGGUGGCAAGCUUAAAUCUGUUUUUGGUCUAUUGUCAUUUUAAAAGUAUUCCUUUGGUGCACAUUUUUAUUCGUGAUUUAAAAUGUAAAUCAAGGUUUAAAAUAUAAAUGAAAGAAUGAAAGAAAAAGAAAAAAAUAUACUACUUUUAAUUUCAAUGUUCUGAAAUCAAUCAAUCUGUUUCGCUCUCUGUGUCUUCUCGCUCCAGCCCAGGCUCAGUAUCUACCAAGAGGAAGGCCUCGUCGAUGAUGAGAAGUCCCAGACGAUCAAGUAUUGCCCCGACUCUCACGGCCAAGCCCCACCGUCUCACCGGAGACAGAGCAUCCCGGUGUGCGGGCCUCAGACAGAACCCACCCCAAUUGGGAUGACCAGCAGUGUCAGCAGUCCUGGUUUGCUCACCACCCGGUACAGCGACUUGGGUGAGUAUCCUCAUCCUGGGAGGGCCACCUGCCCAGCCGCUUUGGGCUGUGUGCAGAAUGCACUAAGCACCUGAUCACCCGGUCAUCGCAGCCGCCCCACGAGAUAUCUGGGACUACGGGGGGAAAUGUUAGAGGCAACCUCCACUGGCAGUUUCCGAAGGUGAUGGUGCCAAAUUAAGACUUGGCUCCUUGGUGCUCCCAUGCAGCUGUACUGAGAACAGUCUGGGGGAGAUGAAGUUUUUUCCCCCCCUGUGGGGGGACCAAUGCUUGGUGCUCCAUGCCACUGACCUGCAAAAGUCCCAUUUCCCUUCAAUCGACCGUGGUUCAUUCUUUUGGUUGGGGAUGCACAGUACAGCUGCACCAGAGUGUAGAAGGAGCUGGCGUUUUUGUUUCUGUUUUUAAAGCAGAAGUUUUCUAAGCAGGCUUCUUAAAUCAUCUGAAUCAUCUGAAGGGUGCCAACUUGGUGAAGUGUGCUGUAAUUUAAAAAAUAUGGUCUGCAGUCAAAACAGACCGGGAAGUCACCAUAUAGCAUAGCUUGACAUCUUGAGGCCCUGGCCAAUAGCAAGGUGCCCCAGGCCAGAAGCUGGAUUUUGCACCUUUGCCUCCCCAAUCUACAUUCUACACUCUCCCCACCAUUCCAUCCUGUCCCAGUUUUUUAAAAGCCCACGGACUGACCUUUAAAGCCCUAAACGGCCUCGGACCAGUAUACCUGAAGGAGCAUCUCCACCCUCAUCCUUCAGCCCGGACACUGAGGUCCAGCACCAAGGGCCUUCUGGCGGUUCGCUCAUUGCAAGAAGUGAGGUUACAUGGAACCAGGCAGAGAGCCUUCUCGGUAGUGGCACCCGCCCUGUGGAACACCCUCCCUUCAGAUGUGAAGGAAAUAAGCAGCUAUCCUAUCUUUAAAAGACAUCUGAAGGCAGCCCUGUUUGGGGAAGUUUUUAAUGUUUGGUGUUGUCUUGUCUUUUUGAUACUCGGUUGAAGGUAUGUAUACCCUGCCUAUCUGGCUGAGUUUCCCCAUCCACUCUGGGUGGCUCCCAAUCGAGUGUUAAAAACAAUACAGCAUUAAAUAUUAAAACCUUCCCUAAACAAGGCUGCUUUCAGAUGUCUUUUGAAGAUAAGAUAGCUGCUUAUUUCCUUGACAUCUGAAGGGAGGGCGUUCCACAGGCCACUACCGACAAGGCCCUCUGCCUGGUUCCCUGUAACCUCACUUUUCACAGGGAGGGAACUGCCAGACGGCCCUCAGCGCUGGAUCUCAGUGUCCGGGCUGAACAAUGGGGGUGGAGAUGCUCCUUCAGGUAUACUGGACCGAGGCCGUUUAGGGCUUUAAAGCUGCUAACAAGCCAGCAAGUAAAAAAUAGACUAAGCGUCACCAGUAUAUCAUGUCAUAUUAUAUCAUUAGCAAGUAUAUAAAGGCAUCUGUAUUCUAAAAACAAUAUGACUUAAAUUUUUGCUUCUUUAGGCAACGGGGACACUGUGCCAAAGCUCGCGGAGGAGAACGCUGACGGCUUGGGCUACGUGCCACAGCUGCCACGGAAAAAGGACAAGCGGGAAUAUCUGGUGGGUGGUUUUGCACUUGGCUCCCUUGCGUGGCCUCCUUGUGGCUGCUCGUUAUUUCCUGGCUCCAUCAAUCUGUACCCAAGAACUGCUCUUAUUCAGGGCUUUGGGAAUUUAAUUAAUAGUAGUAAUGUUGAUGAUGUUCCUCUACCAGGAGGGGUCAUGUGUACCAGAAUGUAUUAUUCUUAUUCUUAUUCUUUAAAAUUGUAUACUGCCCUGUACCCGCAGGUCUCAGGGCGGUUAAUGUACAGGUAACAAGGACAAGGUAGCCUGAUCCAGGCUUGACAAUAGAAAGUUGCACACCGCUUUUGCGAAGCAACUGCAUAAUAUGUCAGCUUGGAUUUGAAUUUCAAGCCCCUCCUUUUAAGGUCUUGUUCCCAAGGAGCAAUGUUUGCCUCCCAAAGGUGGUUUGUGAUACUCUUUUUCCCCCCUAUCCACAGAAGCCAGCAAUCAAUGGCCUCCCACCGACUCCUAAGGUGCUGGUAAGAAACAUUUUUGAUCGUGUACGAGGAGCUGGAACGGCACGUGUUGAAACUGCUCUGCGUGUUGCGCCGUUUCUAGCUUUGCUUAGCCCUGAGAGGAAGGGCCCGGGCAGAGACGAAUUCUCACUCUGCAUCUCCUUAGCGUUAGCCCCCUGCCUUUGAGCCAGGCUCCCAUCUCUGUUUCUUCUAACGGAGAUCAGGGUUUGCAAAAGCAUCUGUGCCCAGGGUCAUCAUCAGCGCCUGGCAUACUGGGGCAUAUACUGGGGUCUCCGUAGCACUGCAGGGGCCGCCCCCUUGCCUGCGCCCUCCUCCGUUUCAGCCCUCUGGGACUUCCUUGCUUCCUGUUCCUGGCUUUCCAGAGGUGGGGUGUGCAUGCUGUCACGGGCCAAGAGCUGUCAUGUUACAGUGGUGUUGAUGUAGGGCAGCCCCGUUUCCCCCAUCUUGAACAGGACAGGGGUGCUCAGUGGGCUCCCCAGGGUUUUACGGUGUCGCUGCCUCCACUUAAUAAUCCAAUUUGCAGGAGAAAAAAAUCAGAAGCGAAGAUCCUUGUGGGAACCUGGCUCAAAGGCAGGGGCUAACAGAUUGAGGUUAAAUCCUGACAAGACAGAAGUACUGUUUUGGGGGGACAGGGGGCGGGCUGGUGUGGAGGACUCCCUGGUCCUGAAUGGGGUAACUGUGCCCCUGAAGGACCAGGUGCGCAGCCUGGGAGUCAUUUUGGACUCACAGCUGUCCAUGGAGACACAGGUCAAAUCCGUGUCCAGGGCAGCUGUCUACCAGCUCCAUCUGGUACGCAGGCUGAGACCCUCCCUGCCCGCAGACUGUCUCGCCAGAGUGGUGCAUGCUCUAGUUAUCUCUCGCUUGGACUACUGCAAUGCGCUCUAUGUGGGACUACCUUUGAAGGUGACUUGGAAACUGCAAUUAAUCUAGAAUGUGGCAGCUAGACUGGUGACUGGGAGUGGCUGCCGAGGCCACAUAAUACCGGUCCUGAAAGAACUGCACUGGCUCCCAGUAUGUUUCUGAGCACAAUUCAAAGCUCUGCUGCUGACCUUUAAAGCCAUAAACGACUUCGGUCCAGUAUAUCUGAAGGAGCAUCUCCACCCCCAUCGUUCAGCCCAGAUGCUGAGGUCCAGCACCGAGGGCCUUCUGGCAGUUCCCUCGCUGCGAGAAGCCAAGUUACAGGGAACCAGGCAGAGGGCCUUCUCGGUGGUGGCACCCGCCCUGUGGAACGCCCUCCCACCAGAUGUUAAAGAGAAAAACAACUACCAGACUUUUAGAAGACAUCUGAAGGCAGCCCUGUUUAGGGAAGCUUUUAAUGUUUAAUAGAUAGUUGUAUUUUAAUAUUCUGUUGGAAGCCGCCCAGAGUGGCUGGGGAAACCCAGCCAGAUUGGCGGGGUAUAAAUAAUAAAUUAUUAUUAUUAUUAUUAUUAUUAUUAUUAUUAUUAUUCCCAUCCCGGCACAACCGGUCAUUUCUCUGGCCUCUGAGACAUCCAUUGGCCAUUGCCCCCUCAUCUGCUUUGUUCCUUUGUGUUUUCUAAUGGUCAGAGGAACUAGAAACUUGUGUGUUGCAUUUACGCCAAUGAAGACACCCCGUGGGUUUUUUUCCUUUUUGCUGUUGCAGAUGGGAGCCUGCUUCUCCAAAGUGUUUGACGGCUGCCCUUUGAAGAUCAACUGCGCCACAUCCUGGAUACACCCAGACACAAAAGGUGAGGGUGACUUUCCGUUUUUGAGCUGGGAAGGAAUUCACACCCCACCCCAGUUGCGUUUCCGAAGAGGCUAAACCAGUUUCUCCUCUGCCAUGUUCUAGAUCAGUAUAUCAUCUUUGGCACGGAAGAAGGCAUCUACACUCUCAACCUCAACGAGCUCCACGAAGCCACCAUGGAACAGGUAGGGGAGAGCUGCUCAGGGCCAGCAGGAUCCUUCUGGGAGGCCGAGGCCAGGGAGAUGGGCAAAGCCCCCUUUCAGGAUGGGGGACUAGGUGCGCCUCCUCCAGGGCAGGAGGGCUGGAUGGCCACUGUGGGUGGAGCAAAGGGCUCUCUAAUCUUCCCUACUCUUAAGUUCCAUCAUCUUAAGACAGCAGUGGAAAACCUGUGGCCUCCAGGGGCUGCUGGACUCCAGCUCCCAUCAUCCCUGGGUCUUGGCCACACUGCUUGGGGCAGAUGGGAGUUGGAGUCCAGCAAUACCUGGAGAGACACAGGCUCCUCACCCUGAGAAAAAUGUGGAACCAGCCAUCGGAGCUUCUCAGGUUCCCCAAUUUCCCUAGCUAGUAUCUGCAGCCCUAUGACUUAAGAUCAGCCUUCCCCCAGCCUGUUGCCCUUCAGAUGAACAACAGCUGCAGCCAUCACCGUGCCAUGCUGAUGGGAGCUGUAGUCUCUAAAACACGAGUUCCGCUUUUGUUUUACAGGUGAAACUCGAAAAAUUAGAAUAUCGUGGAAAAGUUCGUUUAUUUCAGUAAUUCAACUUAAAAGGUGAAUCUAGUAUAUGAGAUGGACUCAUGACAUGCAAAGUGAGAUAUGUCAAGCCUUUAUUUGUUAUAAUUGUGAUGAUCAUGGCAUACAGCUGAUGAAAACCCCAAAUUAACAGUCUCAGAAAAUUAGACUAUUAAAUGAAAUCAGCAAAACAAGGAUUGCAAAUAGAGCAAUAUUGGACCUCCGAGAAGUAGAAGCAUGCAUAUGUACUCAGUACUUGGUUUGGGCCCCUUUUGCAUCAAUUACUGCUGAUAGCAUCCAUGCCACGCCGCAUUGAGGCAGUAAUAAAGGCUUGACAUAUCUCGCUUUGCAUGUCAUGAGUCUAUCUCAUAUACUAGUUUCACCUUUUAAGUUGAAUUACUGAAAUAAAUGAACUUUUCAUUGAUAUUCUAAUUUUUUGAGUUUCACCUGUACUCAUUUAAUUUCCCCAGGCCAUCCUUUUAAGAUACUGUCUGAAAGAGUUUUUAUUCUGUUCUGCUGCCCUGCUUUUAUUGUUUCUGCUGUUUUUCAAUAUAUUUGGUUCCGAUGUGUUGGUUCUCAUUGUUUUUAGUUACAGCGGUGCCUCGCAAGACGAAAAGAAUCCGUUCCGCGAGUCUCUUCGUCUUGCGGGUUUUUUCGUCUUGCGAAGCAAGCCCAUUAGAGGUUUAGCGGCUUAGCGCUACAGUAUUAGCGGCUUAGCCGGCUUAAAGAUCAGCUGAUAAGCGGCUUAACGAUCAGCUGAUAAGCGGCUUAAAGAUCAGCUGAUAAGCAGCUUAGCAUCAGCUGUUAAGCGGCUUAAAGAUCAGCUGAUAAGCGGCUUAAAGAUCAGCUGAUAAGCGGCUUAGCAUCAGCUGUUAAGCGGCUUAAAGAUCAGCUGAUAAGCGGCUUAGCCAUCAGCUGAUAAGCGGUUUAGCGGCUUGGGGAAAAGGGGGGGGGGAAGGAAAAAAGCCCCGCAGGAACUCGCAAGACAUUUUCGUCUUGCGAAGCAAGCACAUAGGAAAUUCGUUUUGCGAAGCACCUCCAAAACGGAAAACCCUUUCGUCUUGCGGGGCACCACUGUAUUCAAUAUCAUCUCGGGAGGUGACGAGGUUCCCCUAUACUAGAGGCAUUUAAAGAGAGGUCAGGCAGCCCUCCAUAGGGGAGGCUGAGGUUGCAUCCUGCAUUAGAAGAAGAAGAAGAAGAGUUUGGAUUCGAUAUCCCGCCUUUCACUCCCUUUAAGGAGUCUCAAAGUGGCUAACAUUCUCCUUUCCCUUCCUCCCCCACAACAAACACUCUGUGAGGUGAGUGGGGCUGAGAGACUUCAAAGAAGUGUGACUGGCCCAAGGUCACCCAGCAGCUGCAUGUGGAGGAGUGGGGAAGCGAACCCAGUUCCCCAGAUUACGAGUCCACCGCUCUUAACCACUACACCACACUGGCUCUCACCCACGCAGACAUAUGUCUAUUGGAUUAGGGAGCCUCCUCUGAGGUGGACUCUGUGGCCUCCAAGUGUCUCCUUCCGACUGUAAAUUUCUGUGGUCUGUGAGUCAGCCUGGAAGUGUGAGGGAUAGAGAGAGGUUAUAUAAGCUAUGUAUAUAUGAAAAUAAAACAGAUUAAAACUGAGUGUAACUCUCGAAAGCUUAAUAGUAACCUCAUGACCCAAUGCAUACUUAUCUGGGUAUACACCCCAUUCAUCACAGCAGGACCUAACUUCUGAGUUAACACAGAAUCAUAGAGUUGGAAAGGACCAGAAAAAUUUAACCUGGGAACCUGAGUUACCAGAAACUGCCUUCCAUGCUUCCUUUAACGCUUCCCCAGUUUUUCACCCAUGGGAAUCUCUUCUGCUCCUUUUUCUAGCUGUUUCCGCGGAGAUGCACCUGGCUCUACGUGAUCAACAAUACCUUAAUGUCGCUCUCAGGUAUGUCAGUUGCUAAAGAAAUGCACCGCAAAGCUUAAAUGGGGGGUUGCAGGGGAACAGGAUAUUCUCUUAGGAAAUCUUCCCUUUGGUGUGCUGAAUUUAGCUUGGCUUACGGUAAUGCCACGGAAGUCAUUUUUAAUUUGUUUCUUUCUCUUUUGCUCUCUGCAAUUUGCUUGGACCUCUCUGGAUAUUUUGGGGCUGUCCUUUUUAGAAGGUAACCUUUUCCCACUCUGCAUUCUUUGUUUUUAUUCAGUAUUUGCAUUUAUUGUUAUAAUAUGCCAGAGUUUUGAGACAGGCCGUGUUUCUGUUGCAGGGAGAACAUUCCAGCUCUACUCUCAUAACCUAAUAGCUUUGUUUGAACAAGCCAAAAAAACAGGCCUUGCUGCUCAUAUUCAGACCCAUCGGUUCCCCGACAGAAUAUUGCCCAGGUAAGCUAGCGCUCUCUUACCUCUUGAACCCAGUCUCAGGGCUAGCCGACAUAAUGCCUUCUAGAAGCUGCAGGGACUACAACUCCCAUCAGUCCCAGCCAGUCAAGGAUGAUGGAAGCUGUAGUGCAUCAGUGUCUGGAGAGCCCCACGUUCACUGCCCUGGCAUUAAGUGCGCCUUCUCUUGUUUUUUAUUUUAUUUAGAUAACACAGAUUGUAAGCUCUUGGAAUGGUUAGGUGUGUGCGUGUUUUUCACUAUGAAGUAAAUCAUUUUUAAAAGUCAAGUAAAACUGCAGUUUCAAGAAACAGGAAAACAUGGGGCAGAAUUCAGUAUUGCACUCUAAGAGUUGUUCCAUCAGCACAAGGGUUUUGGCUUCCCUGAUGGAGUGGUCACCCCUUUCCUUCCCAUCUGUGCUGUCCUGGGCAUUUUCCAGAAAGCCACACGCACCCCAGGCAAUUUGCAGCGAUGUGGGUAAGCCCUGCUACACUAGCACAAGUUGUUGCACUGGCCCCCACUAGCGCAAGUAUUCAGUUGAAUCCAUCCCCAAAUGCCCAACAUUGCGGUUUGGGCCUCUUCUUACCCCAUGAGCCUGCCUGGACAUGAAAAAAUCAUCUUCCAACAACCUUCACUUACCUUCAGAGGUAAGUGGCAGCUUAUCCAAAGAAACCUCAUUUCUUGGAGGUUUUUAAGCAGAGGUUCGAUGGCCACCAAAUUUCAGGGAAGCUCUGAUACAAAAUGCAAAAUGCCCUGAUAAAGAACAGGAUAUGAAAUCUUGCAUGAGGUGGAGAACGUGAGAAGGGGAUUAGACAGUAAUGAGGGCUAUCAAGGAUCGCUUCCCAUGAGAACUGUAUUCUGCCUCCACUGUCAAGAGGCAAGUAUAUUGCUAGACACCAGGUGCUGGGGAAGAACAGAGGAAGAAUGCCAUUGUGCUCAUCUCCAGAGGCAUCUGGUUGGCCACUCUGGUAGCAGGAGACUGGACUCAAUAGGCCUAAGGCCUGAUCCUCGUAGAUAAGAAGUCAGAUAAAACAUGGAGGUCUGAUUUGUAGCCGAAGGGGGGUUACACCAGGAGAGCCCUGCUGGCUCAGGGUCCAUGCUUUUGGUAGGUCCUUCAAGGGAACACAAAUACUACCCAGUAUACCUGAAGGAGCGUCUCCACCCCCAUCGUUCUGCCCAGACGCUGAGGUCCAGCGCCGAGGGCCUUCUGGCAGUUCCCUCACUGCAAGAAGCCACGUUACCAGGCAGAGGGCCUUCUCGGUGGUGGCGCCUGCCCUGUGGAACGCCCUCCCAUCAGAUGUCAAAGAGAUAAACAAUUACCUGACAUUCAGAAGACAUCUUAAGCCAGCCCUGUUCAGGGAAGUUUUAAAUGUAUGAUAUAGUAGUGUAUUUUUGGUCUUUGUGGAAGCUGCCCAGAGUGGCUGGGGAAACCCAGCCAGAUGGGCGGGGUACAAAUAAUAAUAAUAAUAAUAAUAAUAAUAAUAAUAAUAAUAUUACCUACUUCCCUCUCGUAUGCUCCCCCGGCUGCUAGGCAGAGGUAGACUGCCACUAUCCAUGGAGGGUCUAUUUGGGGCCCAUUUUGCAAGCUUGGGCAACAGUCGCAUUGGUUUCGCUCCAUCUACGUUCCCGUUUAUAUUCAGCGGGCUGAAUGCAAAAGUGACAUAAGAGGUAGUCCUAGUUAAACCAACAAACCAUUCACACUUAACUCUCAUUUCAGGAAAUUUGCCUUAACGACAAAGAUCCCGGAUACAAAAGGGUGCCAUAAAUGCUGUAUAGGUAAGUCUUCCGCUUGAGCUUCUGGAGACAAUCUUCUCCCAGCUUUGUGGACCUGCUUGGACCUUCUCGGCCGGGGCAUCUGCUGCUCCCUCCCUCCAAAGUUUGCUUAUAUCCCACCUUCCUUCCAUCCCAGAACCCAAAGCAACAUAUAUGUGUUUUGAUAUGUGUUCAGACCCCUGGGCUCUCACUUGUGGGGUGCCUCAGGGUUCCGUCCUCUCCCCUAUGCUUUUUAACAUCUACAUGCAGCCGCUAGGAGAGAUCAUCAGGGGGUUUGGGUUGGGUGUUCAUCAAUAUGCGGAUGAUACCCAGCUCUACCUCUCUUUCAAAUCAGAACCAGUAAAGGCGGUGAAGGUUCCUGUGUGAGUGUCAGGAGCAGGUUGGAGGAUGGAUGGCGGCUAACAGAUUGAGGUUGAAUCCUGACAAGACAGAAGUACUGUUUUUUGGGGACAGGAGGCAGGCAGGUGUGGAGGAUUCCCUGGUCCUGAACAGGGUAACUGUGUCCCGAAGGACCAGGUGUGCAACCUGGGAGUCAUUUUGGACUCACAGCUGUCCAUGGAAGUGCAGGUCAAUUCUGUGUCCAGGGCAGCUGUUUACCAGCUCCAUCUGGUACGCAGGCUGAGACCCUCCCUGCCUGCAGACUGUCUUGCCAGAGUAGUGCAUGCUCUAGUUAUCUCCUGCUUGGACUACUGCAGUGCGCUCCACGUGAGACUACCUUUGAAGGUGACCCGGAAACUGCAAUUAAUCUAGAAUGUAGCAGCUAGACUGGUGACUGGGAGCAGCCACCGAGACCACAUAACAUUGGUCCUGAAAGAUCUUCAUUGGCUCCCAGUACGUUUCUGAGCACAAUUCAAAGUGUUGCUGCUGACCUUUAAAGCCCUAAACGGCCUCAGCCCAGUAUACCUGAAGGAGCGUCUCCAGCCCAGACACUGAGGUCCAGUGCCGAGGGCCUUCUGGUGGUUCCCUCACUGCGAGAAGCCAAGUUACAGGGAACCAGGCAGAAGGCCUUCUCGGUAGUGGUGCCGGCCAAGUGAGUUCUGCUCCCAGCUCUCCCACUGCUGGAACUGACUCAGUCCUAACCUUUUGGGGUUGUUCCUCUGCUUUUGUUUUCUUCCUCUGCAGUGAGAAAUCCCUAUACAGGCCACAAAUACCUCUGUGGAGCGUUGCAGCUGGGGAUCGUUUUGCUUCAGUGGUAUGAACCGAUGCAGAAGUUCAUGUUAAUAAAGGUGCGUGAGGCUGUUUUUUGUGCGACUUCGUGGUGGUGUUUCAUGGGAAUGCGUCCGCUGAGGGUGGAACUUAAAGGCUUUCGUGCAAGACGUUAAGCCGUUUCAGAUCUGGAGUGAGAGUCGCAUCUGCCGUCAGUUAACUUCCGUGCUUGGUUCAGGGUGUUGAUCAGAGCCCUAAUAGACCGCUUUGAAGGGGCAGCCAAGACUUGGGGGGCAGGGAGGACCCCUUCACCAUUGACCCCUGUCCUGGGGGAUACCAAGGCCCUCCCUGCAGCUCAUCAUCACACUGUCUCCAACUCCAGCAUUUAGAGUAGCAGAUGAAGGGCUCCUUUUCAGGAGAACCUUUUGAAAGUGAUCCUGAGUCUUCUAUACCUGUAUAUUUUUAUUUUGAUGUUGCUUUUGUUCAUUUGCAUUGCAAGGGGGGUUGGACUAGAUCAGGGUUUCCCAAACUUGGGUCACCAGCAAUUUUGAGACUACAACUCCCAUCUUCCCUAGCUAGCAGGACCACUGGUCAGGGAUGAUGUGAACUGUAGUCUGGAGACCCAAGUUUGGGAAACUCUGGACCCUUUGGCUUCCUCCCAUCUCUGCAAUUCUGAUUCUAUAGUGAUUUUAAUUUACCGUAUUUAUCUGUGUAUAAGAUGCCCCCAAUGUAUAAGAUGACCCCUAUUUUUUUUAACCCAAAAUUAAGAAAUUAGGUUGUUUAGCUUUUGGGGGGGAGGUCACUUUUGCCAAUUGUUCACAUGCCUGCCCGCCACUGCCAGUCGCUUGCCACAGCCACUGCCGAUCACACACCUUGCUGCAGCUGCCAAUUGUCUGCCUAAUUGCCACAACCACAGCCAAUCACCAGCAGGCCUUGCCACACCCACCAAUCACCCUCCCAAUCGCUGCUGCCAAUCUCCUGUUUGCUGCUGCCAUUAAUCACACGUCCCCCCUCUGCAUUCACUAUCCAUGUAUAAGACGACACCCAAUUUUUGCCUAAUUUUUUUUUGCAAAAAGCAUCGUCUUAUACACAGAAAAAUACGGUACUUAAACAAAAUGCUGUUGAGGCUGGUCAUUGUUUACAGGGUGAGAUCUAAAUGUUAAAAAUAAUUUAGAUGUCCACUCCGUAAGAAGCCAAAUCUCAGAACAGGCUGGUUGCUGUUCAGUCUCUUCUUUACUUUCAUUUUGGUGGCCUUGUUGUUUCUUUCCCCCUGCCCCUUCCAGCACUUUGAUUUCCCGCUGCCGACCCCCCUGAACGUCUUCGAAAUGCUGGUGAUCCCAGAGCAGGAGUACCCCAUGGUGUGCGUGGCGAUAAGCAAGGGAGUCGAACCAAACCAGGUCGUCCAGUUUGAGACAAUUAACCUGAACUCUGCUUCUUCGUGGUUUACAGAAACUGGUGCAGGUGAGGCUCCGGCAGACCUGAGUUCAGUUUACUGUAAGAGGCGAUAUGAGUUACUCACAGCAAAAGUGGGGGAGUGCAAGAGGUUGGAGGGGCCAAGUUCUGCUCAGAGGAGGGUUCUGUCACUUGGCAGGCUCUUUUGUGGGGAAGGGCAGCGGAAGAGGUGACAUUAUAGCGUGGAUGGCGAGAGCGGAGAGAGAAGAUUCAGGGGUUUGAGGAUGGGCUGGAUGCAAAUGGUUGCUCUCUCUUCUUCUCCCCUCCAUCAAGGUUGCCAACAGCUCGAUGCCAUCCACGUCACCCAGCUGGAGAGGGACACAGUUCUUGUCUGCUUGGACAGUAAGUAGCAGGAGUUAGAGCUUGCUUGCUUUUUUGCUUUUUUUCCCCCUUUUUUGAGCUCCGAGGCAGAAAGCAAUAGAAAAAGAGGAGGGGCCAAAAACAGAAUAAACACAAUAAAACAUAAUAAUAAGCUAGCUAGGGGUGAUGGGAGUUGUAGUUCAACAACAUCUGGACACCCACAGGUUGAGAAAGGCUGUUUUGUGGCAGAUGAAGAUGAUGGAUUUUUCGGAGCUGGCCGACCUGACUGGAAGAGUCCGCGACCAGAAGGGGGAGGAGUACCAGGAAGAAUGAAAUUUAAAGACUAUUUAGCUAAAUAUGUUAAGAUAACUUAAUUGGAAAAGCUUGCAAGUAUUAGAUAGGCUUAGGAUUUAAAUAUGUAAGGAGAGGAUUUAAGAUGUUUAAAGCUAACUGAGAAAGAAUGAAAGAUGUUAAGUGAUCAAGUUAAUUUUUUGAGAAAUUCGAUUUCGGCAUACUGUUAAAAUGAUAUAUAAUGAAAUUCAACCAAGGGGAUUUGAGGAAGUCACUUAAUAAUGUUACAAAGAUUGGUUUAAUUACAAAUAGGAUAUAUGUGUGCUUGUUUGUUUGUUUAAAAUUUUUGGAAAAUCAAUAAAAAAUUUGGGAGGGAAAAGAGAGAAAGGCUGUUUUAGAACAAGGCAGCCUGAAAGCAGCAUUUAAGCUAAAAAUCAGUUUAAAGCAGCAGUAGAAUUACACAUUAAAACCCUAUAAAGAUCAGUUCCUCAAAACACAGUUUAUUAACAUUCCUGUGUUAUUAUGAUGGUGGUGGUGAUUUUGCAUUCUGUCGCUGUGGUUCUCCAGCAGCAGCCGUUGCAUGUCUUGUGGGCUGAGUGGCUGCUGCCGUGGGCCCUGGCUCUUCCUGCUUCCAUGUAUUUGUUGGGGCAGCCUCUGAGCUGACCCAGCAAUCCCGAUUUGGCUCUCGUUUCUCCCUUUUAAGGAUUUGUGAAAAUUGUGAAUCUGCAUGGGAAACUGAAGUCGAGCAAGAAGCUGGCCUCCGAACUAAGCUUUGAUUUCUGCAUUGAAUCUGUAGGUGAGCAGAGACCGUCUUCACCAUCGUUUAUUGUCUCCAAAGUGCAUGCUGUAUGUUAACUCGGAGGGGGGGGUCCCUUUUCAACCCGAGGGCCAUAUUCCCUUCUGGGCAACCUUCCAGGAGCCAAAUGCCAGCAGUGGGUGGGGCCAGGUACAAAAGCAGGCGGGGAAACACCUGUGAAUUCCCUCUUGGUCCUCCACCAGAAGCUUUGUCAGAGUCCAAGGAUGCAUUCUAGCCAGGCAAAAAUCCUCAAGGAGGGGACCAAGCUGUGGCCGGUGAGAAUGUCUGGCCUGGAGAGAGUCUUGGGGGCCAGGUAAAGAAGCCUGGAGGUCCCAAAUUCCUGCGGUAGAUUGCAUGCAACCCCACAGGCUCAGAGUCUGCAAGACACAAGACAGGAAGAUGUUGGAAGUGACAUUCCUCAAAUGCCUGGGAGGCUUUCCUUGCUGAGAACCAGCCAUUGUUAUGGCGGGAGUGUUCCUCUUGACGGCAUGUUUGGGCCUUCUGUGCGGCUCCUGAAAGCUCAGAGUGUGCGAUCAGUGUCCCUCAUUGGCUGGAGGCUGGUGGGAGUUGAGGGGGGCAGCCCGUCUGCUGCCAUGACCCACUGACCUUGGAGGCUUGCGGUGGAGGCUGCAGACAGAGUUCUCUAGCCAGGGUUACAGCUGCAACCCAGAAGCCAGGGCUCUGUGCUGGCGUUGAAAAACCAAGAGGCAACCAUUGGGCAAUGCCUUGGCAGACACUUCCUGUUGGUCCUGCCAAAGACCAGCUGUCUCCAAGACAUGUCUCUGGACUCCUUCCCACCAUUUAAUGGACCUAUCACUCAGCAGGUGGGGAGAGCAAGUAGGUCUCCCCUGGAAUCCCCUCCCCGUGCUCUCUAAGACCACCCCGUAAAACAGCCCUGAUUGGCCUUGCAUUGUGUCUUGAGGCAGCGGUGGCCAACAGCCUGGAUGGCUUUCAGAGGAUUGGACACAUUCAGAUUGGAGAAAACCGUCCAUGGCUUUUAGCCACGAUGGCCACACUCUGCCUGCAGACUUGGAGCCAGCAAUGCUUGUGAAUACCAGUUGCAGGAGGUAUUCAGGACAGGAGGACAGGACAGUGUUGCUUUUUGUGCUCAGGUCCCGCUUGCCGUUUUCCCAUUGAGACAUCUGGCCAGCCACUCUGAGAACAGGAUGCUGGACUAGAUGGGCCCAGGGGCCUGAACCAGAAGGGCUGCUCCUCCUCUUCUUCUUCUUCUUCUUCUUCUUCUUCUUCUUGUCGUAUAGUCGUGUCCGACUCUUCAUGACCCCCUGGACCAGAGCACGCCAGGCACUCCUGUCUUCCACUGCCUCCCGCACUUUGGUCAAACUCAUGCUGGUAGCUUCGAGAACACUGUCCCACCAUCUCGCCCUCUGUCGUCCCCUUCUCCUUGUGCCCUCCAUCUUUCCCAACAUCAGGGUCUUUUCCAAGGAGUCUUCUCUUCUCAUGAGGUGGCCAAAGUCUUGGAGCCUCAGCUUCAGGAUCUGUCCUUCCAGUGAGCACUCAGGGCUGAUUUCCUUCAGCAUGGACAGGUUUGAUCUUCUUGCAGUCCGUGGGACUCUCAAGAGUCUCCUCCAGCACCAGAAUUCAAAAGCAUCCAUUCUUCGGCAAUCAGCCUUCUUUAUGGUCCAGCUCUCACUUCCAUACCGCACUACUGGGAAAACCACAGCUUUAACUAUACGGGCCUUUGUUGGCAAGGUGAUGUCUCUGCUUUUUAAGAUGCUGUCUAGUUUUCUCAUUCUUACCUUGUUGCAUCUCUCCCGCAGUGUGCCUUCAAGACAGUGUUCUGGCCUUCUGGAAGCACGGGAUGCAAGGGAAAAGCUUUAAGUCUGAUGAAGUAAGUCUUGGGCUUGGGGGGGGCCCUUGUUUUCCCAGCCUUGCUGCCCUCCGUGGAAGGAACUUGGUUGCUCUGCUGAGAGAGGAACGCCCCUUCUCAGGGAAAGCCAGAGAGGGGAGGGGAGCCCUUGCUGCUCUGGCCUAGUGAAGGAUCAUAGUUGGCCCACGUUCGGUUAGAAGAAUAUUGGGUGCCAGGUGAGGGGAAAGAGCAUUCUCUGGCCAAGAUCCUGCAGAGCAACAGACAGUCAGAGUAGAAGGGCAAUUGGCCUGACCUGGUGUGAGAUGGCUUCUUGUGCGGAUGCCUGAUGAUCGUCUUCCAGAGCAACUACUCUAUUCCGAACUUAAAAAUGGAAAGCGUCAUGCUGGUGGUCAACAAAAGGUUUAUAGACUGUCUCAAGGCAAAUCUAAAAAAUGUAGUAUAAACACUAACAGUUGGGAAAUACUGGCCUGCGAGCACUCCAGUUGGAGGACAGCCUUGGCCAAAGGUGUCAUGGGCUUUCAAGACGCUCGGACUCAAGACACAAGGGAGAAACGUGCUAAGAGGAAGGCACGCUUGGCAAACCCCCAGCGUGAUCAACUCCUGCCCGGAAACCAAUGUCCCCACUGUGGAAGGAUGUGGGGAUCCAGAAUUGGCCUCCACAGUCACUUACGGACUCACUGUUAAGACCGUGUUUAUGGAAAACAAUCUUACUUGGCUAUGAGGGAUCGCCAAAGAAGAAGACAUUCUCAAGUAUAGCGACUUAAGGGUGGAGGGGCAUCGGCAGUCAGGUUUGUAGCCCCCAGAUCACAUCACAGCUAUGAAGUCACUAACAAGCCUAGGUCAUUCCCACCACCAUGGAGAUAAUAACAGAAUCAGGGAAUUGUAGAGUUGCAAGGGACUCCCAAGGGUCAUCUAGUUGAACCCCAAAUAAAAGCGUUCGAAGUUGCACAAACACACUAUACAAAGUUGUUGUGAAGUUUAUCACGAUGAUGUAAAGUGCUAUUUAUUAUUAUUAUUACUCACAGUUGGUUUAUAUUGUUUUACCAGUACCACUGCCCGCUAACUCUCGUGUAAGGCUUGCCAUAACGGCGCAAACAACGUGCUCAUGGUUCUCACUUCAUUAUGGGAGGUACCAUUGCCCAGUGGCGUAACACCUUCCUAGGGGCAUUGUUUGCUGUCUUUGUGUUGAGUCAGGCCAUUGGUCCGUCUAGUUCAAUAUUGUCGACACUGGCUGGCAACGGUCUUCCUGGCUUUUAGGCAGGGGUCAUCCCCAGCCUCCCCCCAGGAUAGCAGCACAUAAGCAUUCCUAUCUAGCCCAUUUGGAGAGUGGGAAGCAUGAUAUGCACACAUUAACUCAGUGAUAAACCUAACAAUAACCCUGUAAGUCAGGCCAGGAUAAUAACAGCUUGCCUAAGGCCACAAUGAGUCUGGCUGAAGUGAGAUUUGAAUUUGGGCUUCCCAGCUCCACGAGAAUCCUGCCCUUGGGCCACUGCACUGUCGUACAAAUUAAAUGUAAGAUACAACAAAUAGCAAUGCAACAAUAAUGUAUAUGGAUAGAUUUCUGUUUGGGCCUUUAGCACUGAGUGCUUUUGCACUCUGUUCCAGCGCAGAGGCAAGGAAAGAGUGCCUGGGCCUGACACCCAUUCCCAGGGGGCUUAAACCAGGGGUUCAGAUCCUGGAUGGUGUCAGACUCCAGCUCCCUUGACCUAACCCAGCAUGGCCCAGAAGUCAGGAAUGGUGGGAGCUCGAGCCCAGCAGCAUUGAACCAUGGUUCAGUAAGCUGCGAAGGUUGCUUCUGAACUAACUUGCUGUGCAUUUUGUCAACAGCGACCGGACUAUUUGACUCAACCCUCCUCCGCAGUCUUAGCUGGUUCAAGUGUCCCUUUCUCUGCCCCUUUUGCAGGUAACCCAGGAGAUCUCAGACGAAACUCGGGUGUUCCGCUUGUUGGGCUCCGACAGGUGAGCUGAGAAGAUUUUGACACACUGCACAGUACAAAUCUUAUAUUUAGAUUUCCAGUCUUCCUGCAUUAGAAAACUUCACGGCCACGUUCUUAAAAGAGAUGCCUUUUCCCAUGUCAUGGGAUGCAUCCAGCAAUACGCCCCCUUGUAGCAUGUUUAAUAAUAAUAAUAAUAAUAAUAAUAAUAAUAAUAAUAAUAAUUACAAUGGUACCUCCAGUUGCGAACAGCAUCCGUUCUGGAGGUCUGGCUGCAUCCCAAGGUAUUCGCAACCAGUGGGUGGCUUUUACGCAUGCGCAUGGCGCAGUUUAGCGCUUCUGCGCGUGUGCGUGCAGCAAAACCCGGAAAAAUACUUCCAGGUUUGCCGCGUUUGCAUCCCGAAGUUUACGUAACAGAGGGAUACGUAAGCGGAGGUAUGACUGUAUUAUUAUUAUUAAGUCCGAUGUUAACGCCCACGGUGGUGCCCACGGUGGCUGGUGGCAGUGGAAGUUGUCGCCCCAACAUCUGCAGGGUACCAGGCUGGGGGAGGCUGUGGUGAACACGGCCCCCGGGUGCCCACUUGCAGUGAGGGCUAACUUGCUCGUUCCGCCUUCCCCUCACAGGGUGGUGGUGCUGGAGAGCAGGCCGACCGACAACCCAACAGCCCACAGCAAUCUCUACAUUUUGGCCGGCCACGAAAACAGUUACUAG